CCGGGCGGGCCAGGAGAGGAUCAAGAUGGCGGCGCCCUUAGCGGAGGAGCUGGAGCGGCUGCUCAACCCGCUGCCCCGCGCCUUGCACGACCCCGAGGACGACCCCGAGGACGGUGAGUGGGUGCGGGGGGAAGCAACCGCAACGGAGCGGCUUCGGGGGCUCCGUCUCUCUCCGAGAAGCAGGGGCCGGUGCUUGUGUGUGGACACGUGGGUUGGAAACGGUGGUGGGAGAGCCCCUCGACACGUGUGUGUUUGUGUGCGUGCGCGUCGCUGGGUGGGUUUCACCGAGCGGGUGGAAAGGCCCCCUGGACACGUGUGUGUGCGUGUCGCUGAGUGGGUUUUACCAAGCGAGUGGAAAGGCCCCCUGGACACGUGUGUGCAAGUAUCUCUGGACACGCGUAUGUGUGCGUGCAUGCAUGCGUGUACUUGGGUUUCAGAGAGCUAGUGAAAGUUUCCUUGGCCACGUGUGCACGUUAUGUAGUGGUUGUGUUUUGUUUUUUUAGCAGACUAGGGGAAUUGUCCUGUGUGUAUGUGAGAGAGAUGUUGUUUGGAGAGUUGUUAGGUGAGACCCCUCUUCCCCUCCCAGAACUACAGUUCCCAUAGCUUUGAGAAAAGAGAUGGAUUGUUUAAGCCGCUCUGGGAAUUGUAGAUCUUGGAGGGGAGCAGGUGGUCUCUCUUAACAACUCUCUUAACAAACUACAGCUCCCAGAACUCCUUGCAAGAAGUUUAAGGUAGCCUCCUGUACUGGGGCGUAUCAAUUUAGAGGGUGAAAGUUUUUGCACGUGUCUUUUAUGAGGCAUCUUGAAAACAUGCUUCCAGGUGUUAGGAAUUCAAAUCUAUUAUAUUUGUUAUUGGACAACAUUUAGCUUGGUAAGUCUGUUUGAUGAAGAAGUACAUAAAGUGCUUUCAGAAAACCAAAGAAUUUCAUUUUACAUUCUGAAAAUGUCAGAUAAUGCUAAAUAAUACUAAUACUGCUAAUAGUAUAUGAUAUAAUUGCAGGUACUUGGCAACCAUUAAAAAUUUACAUGCAUUUUACUUACCAAGGAAAACUACAUUAUAUUAAUUUAACCAAAAUAACAUUAACUGCUUUCAGUUUUAACUUGAGGAUGGCCAUUUGUCCAGUCUAAUUUUAAUUUAUUUGAAAUAAUUUUGGGAUGCAUUUUAAUCAAUUGUUUGUUUGUUUUUAUGUAUAUCGUGUUUUUAUAUGAUGUUAGCUGCUCUGAGCCCAGCUCUGGCAGGGAAGGGCGGAAUACAAAUAAAGUUUAUUAUUAUUAUUCUCAAAUCAUGUUACAACUUUUUAGCACCCCUCAUUUUUGGAAUUUGAAAGUUGAAAAACUCAACACACCCUACUUCUAUAUACUAUUCACCUGGGAUCUUUAAUGUUGUGUUUUUAUAUUGUAAACUGCCCUGUGAUCCUUGGAUGAAGGGCAGUGUAGAAAUUUAAUAAAAGAAAAACAAACAAUUAAAAAAUGUUGCCAUAUAGAACCAAGAGGUUUGCAGCUGGUUCAUUCAAUACCACUGACUGGUGCAUAAUGUAAAGGUGUUUAUUGCUGAGAUGGUAUCUCAGUUAACAUCAUGGACCUGCUGUGAUAAUUGGCAAAGAAAUUCAGAACUUGAUCUCAAGAAGAUCUCUCCUUAGUUAGGACUGCUUUGUUGUAGUUGGUUGAUUCAUUACACUACACUGCCAGGCUUGAAAGGUUUUGAUUGACUAAAAUAGUUGAUAAAGGACCCAUGCAAUUAAUUGAGUAACAUUUCUUUAAUGGGGUGACAGCCCUACUUCGUAAAACGUGUGUUUGCAUCAGCCCCCAAGAGUGUAAUGAUGAUGCUCUUAGUAAAAUAAGAGACUAGGAAUGUGCCUUCCCUCCACUCCUGGGGGCAAAUUUAUUUGAAUAUUUGUAAUCCAUGCUUUCAUAAACCAUUAUCAAGGUUUUUGUAUACAAAAAUAAUACAAUCAAUCCCUAAAUAUAACUGGUUGGUUAAAAAGAGAAAUUCAUAUUAUGAAGGCCUGCCUAAACAGUAUGGUUUUCAGAAGACAUCUGGAAAAAAAGGCAAGGAUGGUUUCUGCUGUGCCUCUAGUGGCAGGGAGUUCCACAGGGCAGGGCCUGCAAUGCUGUUGCCUUUCCUAUCUUAACCAUGCUUUAGAGAUGUGUUGGUAGCUGAUGGUGAAAGCUAACCAGAGUUUCUGCUGCUACACAUGGCAGGAAUCAUCUUGGCUGCAUCUGAGAGAGGUCUUAUUAGUCCAGCAUUGUGGUUUAAACAGUGGAACUCCCAGACAUAGUGCAGUGAGCUCUCUUUGUUGCUUGUUCCUGGUAUUUAGAAUUCUAUCUAUCACUGUGAAUAUUUGGUGGUGUAUCUUUCUGCGCGGAAGCCAUCUCUGACUCUCUAGAUGUUGUUGAGCUGCAACUCCCAUCAUCCCUGAUCGUUGGGUUGCGUUGGCUGAGGAGCUAUUGCAAGUAGUGUUCUGGCCACAUCUGAAAAGCUGUGUGUUCCCCAUUCAGCCAGUGAUUUCGGCAAACUUCUUGGACCACUGGAGGGGUGGGGUGGAAUUUCCCCCCUUCUAACCCCCCCCCAUUAAUCUCUUUCACCUUCUCUCCCCCUUUUGCAGCCACCGCAGCCAGGGUGGUUGACAAGUUUGACGAAGGAGAUGAAGAUGAUGUCCUUGCACUUGGGCACAUACGAAAGGGGGUCUCCUCCCACCUUUUGGAUGCUGAUAAGAGAUACCGUGGGAAGGCCAUAUCCCGCAAAGCUUUGGAGGAAGAAAUGUGGGGAGACGAUCAACUGUCAGGUGAGAUCCUGCACCAUUCCCUUUUUUUGUGGGGUGGGGGUUCCCCAUUUCUUGUCAAGCUCUCUUAAUGUUUAGGACAGCUUUUUCCAACGCGGUGUCUUCUAGACAUUUUGGACCACAACUCCCAUCAGCCCCAGCCACCUACCCCAGACCCUGAAAUCAUCAUCUGAGGCCCUUCUUCGUGGGCUCUACUGCGAGAGGUUCAGAGGGUUGCAAGAUGAGUGGGCCUUUUCUUCAGUGACUCCCUGUUUGUGGAAUGCUCUCCCCAGGGUGGUUUGGCUGGCGACUCCAUUCUACAUCUUUAGACUCCAGUAACCCUUUUAAAUGCUUUUUGGGGAAGGUUUUAUUUUUUAAAAUAUUUAUUUGCAUUUCUGAUAUAAUUCUGUACCAACAGAAUAUGAAGAAAAGCAAUGCAAAAAGAUUUUCUUAUUCUAGUGGUCAUCCCUGUUAGCUCCGCAUAUUCUAACAGUUUGAUAUACCAUUCUUGUUUUCUUGGUACCUUAACUGUUUUCCAUUUUUGCUCUAGUAGCACACUGGCGGCUGUUGUCGCAUAUAGGCACAAAUUUCUCUCUCUUUUUUUGGUGAUUUCUGUUGUUGUUAUCCCCAACAACAAUGCUUCUGGGCUUUUGAAAAAAGGAUUUCUUAAACAUUUUUUAAAGUUCAUUAUUGAUCAUGGGGGAAAGGGGGUUACUUUGUGGGUCCGUCCCCUCAUUUUUAUUAUGCACUUUGUGGUUUUAUUUUGUAUUUUUGUUCUGCGAACCGCCCUAAGAUUUUUCAGAUGAAGGACUGUAUACAAAUAUAAUAGAUUAUUAUUAUUAUUAGAAGUAGUAGUAGUAAUACCUUUGAAUGCUAAGUAUUGUGGGGUGUCUUGGUUCUGAGCAUCCUGAAUCAGACAGUUCACCUGCAUUGGAAAAAGCAUGCAGAAUUAGAAUGGUGGCAUUCUAGCAUCCUUAAGCAGUCUUGCAGGCCGCUCUUUCUGUCCUGAGACGUCACUCUAAUAUUUUCAUGUUGCAUGGAGGUCCCAGGUUGUCAGGUUGGUGCUGGAUCAGUGAGAGGGAAAUUGGCAACUCUUUUUUUUAAAAACAACAACACAUUGAUAGAUUUCUCGGAGACUGUAUCCCUGUAUACGAUGCCUCACUCCGCCCCCCCCCCUUAAUAAAGAUGUACGUAAGGGUGCUUGAUCACCUUGUAAUGCUCACCCAUUAUCUCAUUAUUUAAUGGGAAAGGCUGUCAGCUAAUCAAUGGGUCUGAUAAUCGGUUCAGCUGCUGCAGGAAAGUGCAAGUUUGAGGCGUCAAUCUGCCAAGGUGGGGGGAGGGGCAGGGGGAAAGCUCCACGAACUUCCUUGUCAUCCCCCCACCACACCCCCAUGCCUGAGCCAAAAUCUUGAAAAUGCACAUAUUGUAAAAUGGGAGUUGAUCUUUAAACAGGGGCCGCUAGCCUCUUUUUUUUUUUUUUUUUUUGCAGGGGUCUGUGGGUGCAUUUGCAAACGGGAGAAGCUGUUGGGGGUGACAGGCACACAUCCUGCAACAGAUUCCAUUAGCUAUAACAGAACGCUUCUUUCAAGCUUAAUUUCAGUGGUGGGAGGGGGCCCUGUGGGCACCAGUAAAGGUCUCUACCAGCAUAUUUGCACCACAUUGGUGACCUCUGCCUUUAAGGAAGCUAUGGGAUUGCUAUAACUAUUUUAACGUUACCCUUAUAGCCAAGGAAUGCCAGAUCAACUUAGGUUGCGUACACACUUUUUAUUUUUAAAGAACAUGACUUAUUCCCUCCUCAAAAGAAUCCUGCAAAUCGUGGUUUAAGGGUCUUGGGAAUUGUAGCCGUGGGAGGGGGUAAACUGCAGUUCCCAGGAGUAUUUUGGGGGAAGUAAUGAGCUUCAAUUGUUUGGUGUGUUUGUGAAGGGUGCUGGGAAUUGUAGCUCUGAGGGUGGUAAACUACAGUUCCCAGGAUUCUUUGUGGGGGGGGAUUUGUGUAGGAUUCCAUUCACAAAACAAAUACAAUACAUUGUUACGCAGAUGCAAUAAUUACAACAUAUAGAGUGCAACAGGCUGAAUGGUAAUGUUUGUAACAAUUUUUUUUACUGGUUACUUCCUAACAUACAAAUCAAGUCCAGGAUGUACACCAUAUACAAUCCUUAAGCAAGGAUGUCCGUUACAUUCUGGGGACCUUUCCUUAAUCACAUUCGAGGACUGCGUAAUAUAUGAACUCAAACAAGAAUGUAUUAAGGAUGGAAGAAAUAUAUCUGCAUUGGAUUUAAUUAAAUAGGUUAUAUACCUUGCUUAAGGAUUGUAUAUGGUGUACAUCCUAGACUUGAUUCGUAUACUAGGAAGUAACCAGUAAAGAAAUUCGUUACAAACAUUACCAUUCAGCCUGUUGUGCUUUAUAUGUUGUAAGGAUUCCAUGCACACCCUCCCCGCUAAAACAAAUGUAAACAAACCCUUCAUUUCAGUAGCACCUUGCACCUGACACCAGGUGAUAGACAGGCGCAUGGCCCUGCCCACCUGUCGGAUUUGCCCCACAAGACUGAUCUUGAUAGAGAUCUGGCCCCUGGAGCCGAAAUCGUUCCCAGCCCCUGAUGUACACGGUUAAGCACCAGCUUUGACCUUAAUGGAUUGGGUGCAGUUCGUGACGGAUAAGUGUUAACAGUUGUCCUUUUGUUUCGUAAUUGAUAGAUGAGCAGACUUCAAAUGAGGAAGAGGAAACAGAUGAGGAGGACGAGGACCAGGAUGAGGAGGAUGCUACCUGCAGUGUUGCCAGCAGCCAGGAGGAGGAAGAAAAAAGGAAACAGCUGGGGAAACUGAAGGAAGAAGCUUUCGUUUUCCAGGCUGUGGAUGACUUUGCGAAAUUUGCAGAGGGGAUGGACGAAAUGGGCAGUGGAGAAAUGUUGGAGGAAGAUGAGGAAGAAGACGGUGUCGAAGAAGGCAGUGGAGAUGAGGAAGACAGCAUGGAAGAAGGCAGCGAAGUUGGAAUGACAUCGGAGGAAAGCGCCGCAGGGAGCGAGGAGGAGGAGGAGAUGGUGGCGGAUGCGAGGGAGAGUAAACAUCUUGGGGGGCUGUUGCCAUUCUCUAAAGACCGAGUGGCCGAAGAAGUUGCUAAAGGAAAAGCCGUGAAGAAUCAAAUAGGUCAGUGGGCAGCCUCUUCUCCCAUGUGGCCCCCGAUGAACGUGGAAAAUGUUAGCAGAUAGAGUUUACGUAUAUGCAGCAGAAAAAGUCAGAUCUUAGUUCAAUGAAUUCUUGCUUGGAGCACACCUUCAGUUGAGAGGUAUUCAGGCUGAGACUUGGUAUAAAAUAAGAACUCUUUUGUUUGUUAAAGGAAGUACAUUAUUAUUUGAUUCUCUUCUUCUCUGACACUGUUGUCUGGGCCAAAGUGAGAGUGGGGUGAACAAGCAAUCGGCUUGUCAUGGCGAAGAGGAGGGGCAGAUCCUGGGUGCUCUUGCCAGCGGGAUCCUUUGGUGGUGUAUGGGCCCCAUGCUCACCUCAGUGUGCUGCCAUUGCAGGGCUGUACCUGGAAGGUGCCUUAGAGAUAAGGAGAGAGCAGGCUUUUUUGCAUUUUAACCAAACCUUGAGCGUAUUGCUUUCAAUGUUUAGGAAGCUAACAAGGUACUGUUUGCCAUCCCUCUGGCAGGCAGUUGUGGGGGAGGCGAGGGAAUACUUGGGGCUUUGAUACGUCAGCCAUGAAAGGCCAUAGCUGCAAAAACAAAACACCCCUGAGUGACUGCAUCUGAGUGGUAGAGUAUCUGCUUUGCAUGCAGAAGGGCCUUGGUUCAAUCCCAGGCAUCUCUGUGUAGGGAUGGGAGAAACCCUUGUCUCCGUGUUUGUAUUUGUUUUAUAUAGUGCUUUAUUGUUAAAAAAAACACAAAACCACCCAAACAAAACUCAAGCCAGUUUAUGAAAUAACAAAACAAGAUUAUCAGUACUUACAGUUUGGAACAAUACUGAGCUACAUUUAAUUUAGUAAUAAUAAUAAUAAUAAUAACAAUAAUUGGUGGAUCAGUUGUCUGAUUCAGUAUAAGGCAGCUUCCUGUGUUCCUAUUUAAUUACGAUGUUUUGUCUUUCACUUUACCCUGCUCCCUCCUUUCCUAAAGCUCUGUGGGAUCAGCUCUUGGAAGGGCGAAUUAAACUGCAGAAGGUUCUCCUGACAGCCAACCAGCUUCCCCAGCCAGAUACUUUCCUGGAGUUUAAGAAAAGAGGAGGACAGGAGUUUGCCGCUGCACUCAAGAACAGUAAGAAUCUCUCUCCUUUCCCCAGACUAGACUGGUUUUGUGCUUGUAUUUUCUGUACUUGAGCAGGGAUCAAAAUGUAUGUUUGGAAGCUCAAGGUGUGGUUUGGAUUCUCAGCUGUGGUUGGUGCAAAUUACCGUAUUGGCCUGAAUAUAAGCCUCACUUUUUUCCAAAUUCCGACCAUGAAGAGCUAAAAGUGUGGCUUAAAUUCCCGAACUUACAAAAAUGUGCUUUUAUGAUAUUGCUGCUGAAACAGACAUACGGUAAAAUGGAAUGGGUGUGAGUGCCUGGGGAAUUUUAAGGAAGCGGCUUAUAUUCGGGUAUUCUCUUUUUUUCUUUUCCCUCCUUGAAUUUUAAAGGUGUGGCUUAUACAGUGGUACUUCGGGUUAAGUACUUAAUUCGUUCCGGAGGUUCGUUCUUAACCUGAAACUGUUCUUAACCUGAAGCACCACUUCAGCUAAUGGGGCCUCCUGCUGUCGCUGUGCUGCUGGAGCACGAUUUCUGUUCUCAUCCUGAAGCAAAGUUCUUAACCCGAGGUAAUAUAUCUGGGUUAGCGGAGUCUGUAACCUGAAGCGUAUGUAACCUGAAGCGUAUGUAACCCGAGUUACCACUGUAUUUGGGUGUGGCUUAUAUUGGGGCCAAUACGGUAUGUGGUUUCUUUUCUGAACCUAGCCAGGAAUUGCUGCAGUCCCCACACAUUAGUGUAAAAGUAAUCCCCUUUUUCCUGGUGAACUCUGGCAAUUGCAGCUCUGCCUGGGAAUUGGGGUUCUCCUAGCAACUAUCGGCAGCCUUGGUAAACUAUAGUUCCCAAGAUUCUUUGGCAGAAGCCAUGAUUGUUAAAGUGGUAUCAGAGUGUAGGGUGCAGACGUGGUUUUCAGUGACAGCUCACAGGAUGCUAAUUCACCAGCGAUGAACUUUUAAGUGGUUCCUUGGUGUUUCCGCAGAUCCACAUCAAGUGAAGUGCUUUAUAGUUCACACAGUUAGCUAUAGCUUUAAACCAAGUUCCUGCUUUUCCCCUCUUUGCCUUAAAAGGCAAACUCCCACCAAUACUAAACCUGACCUUUUAGUAAAACGUGUGCCAUUAACGUAUUUAAUGAGAUGCAUUACAAACUGCAGCCAGCGUCGUGUUUUCAUUACAAGUCCAGAAACCACGAUAUCAUUAAAGACCUUUAACAGAAACAAUGGUUGACAUUUUGAUAUUUCCCAUAAGCAAAACACUGCAAUGAACAUGGAGUUUAAUAUAUAAAUUCUGUAAAGAGGUGGGAUUUUAUAUAUAUUAAAAACCCUUAAAAAAAGAAAGAAAGAAAAAAGCUCCCCCGGCAAGUUAAAAGAAAACCAUACAUUUUAUUUUGCACGGCUCCUGUUAUUUGCAUCUUGAGCUAGAAAAGUGUCAGAUAUCUAGAACUAAAAGAGGUUUUUUAAAAAAAAGAUUGUUAUUGGCUUAUGCAUGAUAUUUCAGAUUCUAGAAAUUCGGAGGCUUUCAGCAUGCAAGAUUGUUCUAGUCCUGCAAAUGUAGGUCAUACAGUACAACCCUAGUUUAAUCAGAAGUAACUUCCACUUUGUUCAAUAGCGCUUGCUUCCAAAGUUAGUGUGGAUGGCAUUCUAUCCUUAGAUCAUUUGUCUUCUAAUCAGUUGAACUGAUUUUUUAAACAUCUAAUUUUUAGCUGCCUUGAGGUGUCUUGUCUUUGCUGAAACAGCAGGAUAGUGUUUUCUUUCUAUGAAAGAGAUAUAUUUUAAAGUAAAUAAUGCAUAUCAUGAAAAAUCUCAGCACUGGGACAUUUUCAAGAUACUUAAGGAAAUGUGGGCACUUGCUCCCUGAUCCUCUGAAACAGGUUUCAUUGAGUUCAACAAUGCCUCAAAAUUUGAUGAAGGCUUCUGGGUAACAGAGGCGCAUGCUUAUGAAUACUGAGGAGGAGGAGGGGCACUGUUUGGUCACCAGUUCUGCGCACACACAAGACUUGCAAGACAAACGAGUUCUGUCUGGGUCGUUUUACCUGCCGGUGGUCUGUUAGCACUUAAAAGUUGUCACUAGUGAGUGAGGUUCUUGGAGAAGGCCGUAGCUCAGUGGUAGAGCACCUGCUUUGCGUGCAGAAGGUCGCAGGUUCGAUUCCCCACAUCACCAGGUAGGGCUGGGAGAUACUCAUGCCUUACGCCUGCCAGUCAAUGUAGACAGUACAGUAUAAGGCAGCUUCCUAGGUUUGCUAUAUACCGUGUUUUUCUGUGUAUAAGACUAAGUUUUUUUUAACCAAAAUAUUAGGUUUAAAAUUGGAGCUCGUCUUAUACACGGUUAGUGCUGAGGGGUGUUUUCUUAAUUUGGAGUCCCCCAAAAUAGGGUGCGUCUUAUACACUGAAAAAUGUGGUAUAUUUUUUUUUGGGGGGGUACCCCUUUUGACUCUUAAGAAUAUAGACUUACUCCAUAAGUCAGACCAUUGUUCCAUCUAGCUCAGGAUUGUCUGCACUGUCUGGCAGCAGCUCUCCAGGGGAGUCUUUCCCAGUCCUACUGGAGGUGCCGGGAAUUUUACCUGGGACCAUUUGCAUGCAAGGCAGAUGCUCUUCGUCCUCAGCUAUGGCCUUUCCCUCUUGAGCAGUGGAUUGCGGGCAUGACAAGUCCCAUGCAAGUUGCAUCAUGGGAGGCUAUUGCUUUGUGGAGUUUUAAAUGGAGAUAAAAAAAAUAUUUCUGAGAACUGUGGCACGGGGGCACCUGUUUUCCUACACACACAAACACCGUUUAUGUUACAUCUUUUGUAUCUUGGCUAAGCCACCCCAGCAUGGUCUGGCUCUUCCUUGCUGCCUGUGGAUCUUGGAUUCUGGCGGAUGAUUUACUGCAAAAUUGCUUAUAAAUUGAAGUAGAAAAUGUUUUGCCGACGUGGCAGCUUUCAAGCUCUGCACCCAUUUGUCACCCAGCAUUUUCCCUUUGUGUAUAGAGCAGGAAUUAAUUAGGCUGCACUGCAGGGGGAAAAAAAGUUUAUGGCCAUAAUUUAUAUGGGGUGAUUCUUUUUGUUGUUUUCUUUUAAAGGGGCAGUGUUUGUUUGUUUUUGUUUUUUAAAGACCUUUGGGAGCAGGGAGGGGAUACCCACAUAACGCACAUCCCUGCUUUACAAAAAAUUGAAUAUGCAAUAUGCAUUAGAACACUGAUAGAAUGAAUAUAUAUAUAUAUAUACUGCCCAGGAGUAGACCCAUUGAAAAGAAUGGACCUCUGUUAGUCAAGUCUAUUUAUUUCAAUGGGUCUACGCUUCCAGACGAACCUGUUUACCAUGCCUUCAUUCUGAUUCAUUUGCCAGAAGAUUAAAGGACACAGGCUAGGUAACGAGCGUUCAUUCUGAUUUGUUUGUGGGGAGGUUAGAUGAUGUUGCUCCAAAGCAAGUGUCAUCACCCUGCACUUUCCAAGCCAUAUUCCCCCCGCAUCACUUCCCUUAUUGCAAAAAUGCCCAUCUUUAAAAUAAACUCUAAAUUGUGUGACUGGUUCCCAGCUGAAAAUAGCAACAGUGUGGAAAACCCCAGCAUUAUAUAUAUAGAGGGAGCACAAUAUAUAUUUUGGAAAGUUACUUGUUUGUCUGUUUGCUAUGCAUUUGGGCACCUCUUAAGACAGGAACACCAAAUUUCGUGUGAUGGAUUCUGAGCUCAAGGAGCCUGUUUUCAUCUAUUUUGGGAUGUAAGUGGAUACCGUUUUUGAAUCAAGAUAGGUGAACUGGACCUUUCAAAAAUGCACUGAUUUUUAUUUUUAUUUUUGUUUCUUAGAAUUCCUGAGCAAUGCUGGGUGUGAGGCUGCUGUUGUAAUGUAAUAUUCAGUACAUAAUAUUAUUUGCUGCUAUCAUUAGACCACUUAACCACCUCCUAAACUGCUGCCGCUUUCCUUUAUAUCAGCAGGAAAAGGUGUCGGGUGUUUCAGUUUUACACUUUUGUUUGUGAAAACUGUUUUGUUCUGGCAGGCCUUUUGGGAACAGACCGCUUUUAAGGAAAGAGCUUUUAAUAGCACUGUCCUGUUUUUACUAUCUGUGUUUUUCUCUCUGUAAUUUUAAUAGAUUUGGUUUUCACAUCCUUUUAAUUCCAUUAUAAUUUAAUUAGUUUUUUAAAACUAUUGUCUUUUAUAUGUUUUUUUAGCUUUCUGUGCUUUAUCGGUGUGUAUUUUUGUGUGUGGUUUUUGUUGUAAGUAGCCUUGAGUCCCAAUUCUGGGAAAGCGUGGUUUGGGUGGGGGGGGUAUUUAAAAAUAAUAAAUAAAUGUUUGUUUAGUUAUUAAAAUAUUUACAUACCACUGUGUCAUUAAAAAUAUAUAUCAAAGUGGCUUACCACAGUAAAAUAUAAAACUCUACAAUAAAAGCCGUAAAAACAUACAUCAACUUACCAUUGUGGAAGGUUGUAUUCUUAGUUGCCUGUCUAGGCCUGGCGGAAAAGAAAGGUUCUCAGAAGGCAUUUAAAAGUUGUUGUUUAAAGAUUUUCAGCAGGCAUUUAAAUGCAUGUAUUUAUGUAUUUUCUGAAGAUACAGGGUGGUUCACAACAUAAAAAUACAAUACAGUGCCUGCUGUUUGUUUAUUACAUUUAUAUAGGACCGUUUCCUCAAAUUAGCUCAAGGUGGUGUAGAUGGUUCUCCCCUUAACAUUUUAUCCCCGGAACACAGCCAGAUGAGUGGGGUACAAGUAAUAAAAUUAUUAUCAUCAUCAUCUUCAUCACCACCAGUACCAGUAAGUUCAGAUCUUACUCAGCUCUGAAAUUUGCUGGGUUGACUUAAUGAACAGGGGAGUUGCAGGGAGGGACUAAGAACCAUGUAUAUACUGUUAUGUAUUAUUACAUUUUAUAUCCCGCCUUUCCUCAAAAGACGCACAUUUUGUGGUGCAAUGGGUCGGUGCGUCCGGCUGAUAACCAGAAGAUCGGUGGUUCAAGCCCACCAAGGGAUGGCUGUUGGCCGGAUUCCUGCAUUGCUGGGGGUUGGACUAGAUCAGAGGUCAGCAAACUUUUUCAGCAGGGGGCCGGUCCUCUGUCGUUCAGACCUUGUCGGGGGCCGGACUGUAUUUUGAGGGGGGAAAUGGAACGAAUUCCUAUGCCCCACAAAUAACCCAGAGAUGCAUUUUAAAUAAAAGGACACAUUCUACUCAUGUAAAAACAUGCUGAUUCCCGGACCGCUGCAGGGCGGAUUUAGAAGGCGAUUGGGCCGGAUCCGGCCCCUGGGUCUUAGUUUGCCUACCCAUGUUCUAGAUCAGCCUUUCUCAACCUGUGGGUCCCCAGAUGUUGUUGGACUACAACAUCAUCCCUAGCUAGCAAGGCCGGAGCUCAGGGAUGAUGGGAGUUGUAGUCCAACAACAUCUGGGGCCCACAGGUUGAGAACCGCUGUUCUAGAUGAUCCUCGGGGAUUCUUCUCACAAUUCCUGACAGAGAAUUUGAACCCUGGUCUCCCAGGUUCUAGGCCAAUGCUCUAACCACUAUGCCACACUGACUGCCUUUGUAGCUGCCUUGAAAAUAUUGCCAAUUCAUGACCAGGUUUACAGCUUGCUUUUAGUCACCUACUGUGAGUUACCAUAUCUCCAGUGACUGACCUCUCUCUCUCUCUCCUCCCCCCACUCCCAUAAAUUUGUUUUCUCUUGCCACUUCUCUUUCAACUCCUCUCGGGAUGCUUGUGUUUAGGGGUUUUGCAUGUUCAAUUAAUGUUAGUGAGUUUUUUUCCCCUCCCUGCCCCCCCCAACUUUCCAUAACAAUUGCAAGACAGAACUAGCAAUCUGAGCUUGAUUUGCACAUUAAAGAGACGCAUUAAUUAAAAAUUCUACUCCCUGGUACGUUUCCCCGGGACCCUUCUAUUCUUUAUACAGAAAAAGGUCCGCGAUUCUCUGUUGGGUCUCCCACAUCAACUCCAUGUGGCGCAUUGAUCUUUUCUGUGUUCGUUUUUUUUAAAAAAAAGAAAGAUCUUGAUGAAUUUUCAGAGGACUGUGUUGUUGAUUUUCUCUUAUCCACUCACCCCUAGCCCCCUUUCUCUCAAGUCAGGAAUAACACCGCAUGUUUUUAAGGCUGAGGGAAAUAGGAGUGACAGUCAGUGGUGGGCUGAGAAGUUUUAGCUCUAGAAAUUCAGCGAUCUAGAAAUUCUUCUUCAUUGCUAGCCGUUUUUAAAGGUCCUGUUUGGCUGGGAGCGAUGGUGGUGAAUACUUCAUGUAUCCAAGACAAGGGUAGGGAAACUUCCUCAGCCCAAGGGCCACAUUUCUUUCUGGGCAACCUCCUGAGGGCCACACGCAAAAUCCGGGCCAGAGGCAAAAAUAGUUGGAGCAGCAAAUGUAAAUAGCACCUUUUGCAGAAUAGGCCAGUUUUUACACACACACACACACACACACACACACACACACAUCCUGGCAUGCGAUAGGCAUUAUCGGAGUUCAAGGACACAUUCCAGGGAGGCAAAAGCCCUUGGGGUGGAGCAGGGCCAGUGAAAGGCAGCGUUUGGAGGGCCAGAUAGCAAAGCCUGGAGCAUGGGUAGGCAAACUAAGGCCCGGGGGCUGGAUCUGGCCCAAUCGCCAGCAUGUUUUUACAUGAGUAGAAUGUGUGCUUUUAUUUAAAAUGCAUCUCUGGGUUAUUUGUGGGGCAUAGGAAUUUGUUCAUUUCCCCCCCUUCAAAAUAUAGUCCGGCCCCCCACAAGGUCUGAGGGACAGUGGACCGGCCCCCUGCUGAAAAAGUUUGCUGACCCCUGGCCUGGAGGGAUGCGUUCCCUCUCCUGGCUUGAGAUCGCCUACCUCUGAUCCAGGGUAAGGACUUGCCUUGGGCACUGUUGGCUAGGGAAGGAGUAGCAGGGUGAGUGUGUGUGCUUAAAGAUUUGAUGGGGCACAACGUUUCACUUACCUGGAGCUUUCAUAAAGCCGGCCCUACUGUUGCGCAGAAUGGGGCAGGUGCCUUGGGCAGCAAUUUGUGGGAGGUGGCAGCAAGGAGAUGAAGGGCAGAGCUGUGUGUGUGCCAGAUGACCUGCCCUCUAUAUUCUUUAAGCUAGCCCGCUGUUCUUGAGUGCAUUGAAGAAUACCACCCCAUUGCCAGUAUUAAAUUGCGAUUCAGCUGCCAAUCUGAUUGUCUCUUCUUAUACAAAUUGGGGCUAGUGGUGGUGGUGGUGGGAGCCAUCUUUAUCCUUCGUUCCAGCCCUCUCCAUCUCACCUUGGCCAAAGACCAGAUCAGAGCAACAUCAAUGGCUUGUGGCAACCAUUGCUUUGAAAUUUCUGCCCACGUCUCCUGCAGCCUUUAGCCCAGGGAGAGUGUACUUUUAAAAAUGGAGGGGCUUCAGCUCAUCCUGAGUGGUCUCCUUUUGUGGUGAGGGAGGAGGAAGUUUGGGUGCAACUCAACUUGGAGGAAAGGGUUUACAUGCGGUUAAAACAGAUACGGAGCGAGGGACUACCAGCUUCCCAGAUUGUCCCUGUGCCUUUGACCUCUUUGCUGACAACUCCCUUGCUUUUGGACACCUGGCACCAUUUUGAAUCAAGAUGGCAGACUCUGGCGUGACUUUGCUGAGGUUUUGGUGUGACAGGCCUAAAUUACGCUAUUUGUUUAAAAAUCACUUUUUGUUUGUUUUCUACAAAUUCCCAGGCAGUGCUGGGCAAGUCCCGCUAGUUAGAUAUAAUCUGCUAUUUUGGAGAAUUAUUUGUCUGUUCUUUAUGCAUUUGGACACCUCUUUAAGAUAUCACAACCAAAUUUUGCAUGAUGGUUCCUGAGGUCAAGGAGCAGGUUUUCCUCUUAUGUUUGGGUACAGUUGGAUACCAUUUUUAAAAAAUCAAGAUGGCGAACCGAACCUUUUGAAAACUGCUCCAAUUUUAACCCCUGGUUUCAAAACGGCACAGAUUCUUUGGUUUCUUAGAAUUCUCAAAUAAUGUCGGGUUCGAGGCUGUAGUGCUAAAGGAAUAUCAUAUAUAGAUAUAUACCGUAUUUUUCGCUCUAUAACACGCACCCGACCAUAACACGCACGCAGUUUUUAGAGGAGGAAAAUCCGUAGGCAUGCCACCCAUAGGCAUACCCUCCAUAACACGCACAGACAUUUCCCCUUACUUUCUAGGAGGAAAAAAGUGAGUGUUAUGGUGCAAAAAAUACGGUAUAUAAAUAGCAAAUAUAAUUUUAUACCAACUUAUCUAAUCAGUUGGAGCUAGAAAAGAUGAAGCCUGCCAUUAUUGGGGUGCAAAGGAAUUUAAACAGCCGGGACUGGUGGCAAAAAACACCCAGCUGUCCUAACUUUUCCAGCAAUUAGUAAUGGUAUUAAUCCAAUAAAUUAAAAAAAUAUACAAAACUUAACUAUUUAUGUUCCUGCCAGUGUUAGAAUUCUCCAGGUGCAUUUUGUGACUGUCCAAGGUUAAAUUGUGACCAAAUGGAGAUCUUGGGAUGCCAGAUCUCCCCUCCAGCUUUCUUAAGCAAGUAAGCUUAUUGAUUGCAUUUACCGUAUUUUUCGCUCUAUAACACGCACCUGACAAUAACACGCACAUCGUUUUUAGAGGAGGAAAACAAGGGGAAAAAAUUCUGAAUGAAACAGUGGAUGUAUCAUUUUUGUGCCUCAUGCUGUGGCCCCAGACAUGUGAUCUGAUGGUGAGUUUGGGGUAGCCCAAUGCAAAAAUCCUGAGAAUCCCUGUGGAUCUGUGCUUUGUAACCAUGUUUUUGCACCAUUGCAGCCCCAGGCAACAGUGGGUGCGUGAUUUUUUUGGUGCAGGCUGUAGCCAUGGACAUGCUAUGUGAUCUGAUGGUGAAUUUGGGGUGACCCAAUGCAAAGAUCCUGAGGAUCCAUGUGGAUCCAUGCUUUGUAACCACGUUUUUGCACCAUUGCAGCCCCAGGCAACAGUGGGUGCGUGAUUUUUUUGGUGCAGACUGUAGCCAUGGACAUGUAACGUGAUCUGAUGGUGAAUUUGGGGUGACCCAAUGCAAAGAUCCUGAGGAUCCAUGUGGAUCCGUGCUUUGUAACCACGUUUUAAGUGGGGAGGGAAAGAAAAACACAGAAGGGACAAGGAGCACGAGAGGGGUGUGCAGAGAAGCAGCUGGCUAAGAAUGCAGGAGAGGGGUUUAACGGGAGGGAGGAAAGGAAGGCAAAAGUUUCCCCCCACACACCCACCAAAGCCAGCCCUCUCUCUCUCUCUCCCACCUGCAUGUUUUCCGGCUGCCUGCGAGUCCCUAAAAUGCUUCCCUGGACGCAGUAAAAUGCUUCCCUGGACGCAGCAGCACCGGAGCACGGAGAGGAGUUAGAAGGAAGGACGCAAUCCUUUCCUUUCCCCUCUGCUUGCCUGGAGGGGAGGGGAUUUGCCUGCUCUUUGUUCCAUUUGAGCAAACAGCAACCGAAACAGAAGAGGGUGGGCAGUAAGUCCCUGAGGCAGAAUGCAGGAAAGCAACAGCUUCCUCUCUCACGGAGCUCCCUUCUCCCUGAUGCGCGCGAUUGGAUUUUUGCCUGAUUUUUGCUCCUGCGCUCGGGAGGGUCGGCUCCAGGGACCACACAUUCGCUCAAUAACACGCGCAGACAUUUCCCCUUACUUUUUAGGAGAAAAAAUCUGCGUGUUAUAGAGAGAAAAGUACGGUAUAUCUCACCUUUUUCUCCAAGGUUUACAUGGCUCACCCCCCUCCUCAGUUAAUCCCUACAAUGACCCUGUGAGGUAGGCUAAGAGAAGGUGAGUGGCCCAAGGUCACCUAGUGAGCUUCAUGACUGAGUGGGGAUGUGAACUCUGAUCUCCUAGGUCCUAGUCCAGGCACAGGCAAACUCUGCCCUCCAGAUGUUUUGGGACUACUGCACCCAUCACCCCUAGCUAACAGGACUAGGGGUCAGGGAUGAUGGGAAUUGUAAUCUCAAAACAUCUGGAGGUCUGAGGUUGCCUAUUCCUGUCCUAGUCCAAUGCUCUAAUCAACUACACCACACAUAGGCUUCCUAGAGUACUUCUGCUAUGGGGCAGCUGUAUAAAUUAAGUAGGUAAAUACAUACGGGGAAAGCCAAAUGUCACUUAGAGAAGGAUCUGAAAUAUUUCCCUUGAAGCUUGAAUUUAUUUUAUUCUUGAUUGUUUCAUUUGAUGUUUUAAUGUGUUGUAAACCACUUUGAGAUAUAUAUAGAGAGAAGUAUAGAAAUGAAAAGAAAAAUAGUAGUAAUUUUAAUAAGGAAUGGGGAAAAAUAUAACUUAUCUUAAAUACCAUUGUAAACAGUUAAAAUCGUUAGUAGGAUUGGAAUAUCACUUGUAGUUUAAUGGUGAAUUUUGGACACAAUGGAGAGGUAAAAUAUUUGGAUUAUUAUAAAAGAUGCAGGAAGAAAUGAUUAACAAUGGGACCCACAAAGUGGAGGAGGAAGUCCAAGAGAUUCCUUGGGAUCUUGUUUUUAUGUUGGAUGUUGGGCGUGUGACUGUGAAAUUUUAAUCUGAAAAACCAAACAAAUGAAUUUAUUAUGAAAAAGUAUUUUUUAUAAUAUAAUGAGGUAUAGAAAUGAAAUGAAAAAGAGUAGGGAAAAAAUAAAUUUCACUGCCAAAAAAAUAAGCUGCUUAGACAUUCCGUUGCAGCAACCCUAACCUAUGUUCAAGGUGGCAUUUAGCAAUUAGCUCAUAUCACCGGAGUUUCUAGCACAGGUUUCUGCUACCAGACGUCAAUGUCACUUUUACUGUGGGGAAUCUGUUGUAAGCUAGUUUUGAGAGCUGCUUGGAGCAAUAAAGUGAGAUCUAAAAACAAAACAAAUGGAUGGGUGGUAGAGCACUCAGUGUUGUUGGCCGAUAGAUAGCCUUUGUCGUUGUAGGGCAGGAGGCAGAGCCUAUGAUGGACCUGAUCGGUUUUAAUUAAAGCUGUUGAGGAUGGGGGCUUGUGGAGGGCGGCAGACUGAGCUUAUUGCCCAUUCGCCCUAGUCUCCAAUCUCCACCGAGAGUAUGUGAUCGGCAUGUAGAGAAAUGGGAACUGCAACUCCCAUUAGCGCCAGCAGACAUGGUCCUUGUCCGGGAAUGGUGGGAGUUAUAGUUCAUCAACAUCUGGGCAAGGAGGCAAUAGGUUCCCCUCUUUUGAUGUAGAAGGACCUGGGCUCAAUCCCCGACCUGUCCAGUUGUAGGGAUUUCUAGUUUCUGGGAAAGACCUUUCUCUGCUUGAAACCCUGAAAGAGCCGCCGCUGCCGCUGCCAAUCUGAGUAGACACUACUGUACUUGAUGGUCAAAUAAUCUGGCAUGGUAUAAAGCAGCUUCCUAUGGUCCUGCUGCUUUCAAGCCAUAAUUUUGCACUUUUUCUUUUUUUAAUUAACCCUGGCACCUUGUAGGAUCUGACUGCUAAUUACCAACUCUCUCCCUCCCUCCCUCCCUCCCCUCUGUUUACAGUUCAAGCUAUUUUAUUUAUAGCUAAUCUUCAGCAGGCACUGUUUCAAUCACUGCUAGAGCUGGAAGCCUGUACUUCAUGCUGUUGGGGAAACAGCUGGGAAUCCUAGUUAUUUAAACAAUAUAUAAAUCAUUUAAUCUUGUAACAAGUAGGGUUUGUUUUUUCUGGGGGACGGGGAGAGAAAUCUGGCACUCUGCAGCAACACUACUUUAGUGGGAUGGGAGCAGGAGCAUGUCGGGAAUUGGAACAGCAAGACAUUGGAGGGUGGGGCCUUCUUUUUAAUAAGCAUAAAAUGGAUUUCUUGAGAAAUCUGUCAAUUUUUUUUAAUAGGCGCUUGCAGAAAAUUGGGAAUAGCAUCUUAGCUUUUCUUUUAAAAAGUUUUGUUUAUUAUUAUUUACAGUGGUACCUCGGUUCUCUUAACGUAAUAUCUUAUGGAAGACCGUGCGAGUUCUGAAACGUUCGAAAACCAAGGCGCAAAGGACUGGCUGCAAAUGCAGUUGAGAAAAUUGAAAAAACACGCAGCGGAAGCCAUUCGACUUCCGAGGCCCUUCGAAAACGGAAGCAUUUACUUCCAGGUUUUUGGCGUUCGGGUUCUGAAACAUUCUUCAACAGAGACAUUUUGAGAACCGAGGUACCACUGUAUUACCCACCCUUCACCCUAAGGUUGCAGGGAGAGUUGCAACAUUAAAACACAGUAUUAAUAACAGCUUUAAACAACUUAAAAUCACCAAAAUAAAAUGGGUCUUAUAAUAUUAUUAUUAUUAUUAUUAUUAUUAUUAUUAUUUAUUUACACCCUGCCCAUCUGGCUGGGCUUCCCAGCACCUCGAGUGUCGGAAGCCAGGGUAAAGAGAUGCGUCUUCAGCAUUCACCAAAAGCUAUACUAUGCAGCUACCAGAUGCAUCUCUGUGGGGAGGGAGAUUAGGGGUGCCACAGCAAUGCCUUCUCCUGCCCUCCCCAAGCAUCUGAGGGUGGAGGAACCACCAAGAGGUUACCUUCUGCUCCUCUCACACCUGAGAAGGUCUGUAGCGAAGGAGACCGUCUUUCAGAUAUUAUGCAUGCCCUGGGAGGGUUUUUGCUCUGAAGAAAUAUUUUAAAUGAAAUCUCGGGGCUAGAUUACUGCAGUGCGCUUUGUGUGGGGCUGCCCUUGGGCCUGGUUCACGAGCUAGAGCUAGCUUAGCGCUAGAGCGCUGAGGGGCAGGUGAUGCCUCUACUGAAACAUCUGCUAAACUGCCCGCCCUUGUACAAGUUCUUAUAUUGAUAUACAAAGCCCUGAACAACUCGGGCCUUAAGGACUGCCUGACCGCUUCUGUCCCAUGAGAUCAUUCACAGCAACUCUCAAACAAUUGCUGAAUUAACUGAUGGCAGCCGCCGCUAAUAUUUCUCUAAAUCAGUCCUCUCUUCCUUUGAACAGUUGCUGAAAAAGGUUGCAUCUUAGCUGCCUACCUCAAACUAUAUGAAGAGGUGGAGCCAGGUGUAGUUUAGUAGGGAGGGAGUUUCACAUGCGAGAGCAGCUGCUGUUGAAAAGACCCUUCCCCAAGCCAUGUGCUUCAUCCCACAUACGAACCACAAAGAGGGUAUUACCUGUUGACCUUAAAAAACAGGAAGGUUGAUAGGAAAGAAGGCAUUCCUGCAAAUAUUUAGGCCCCUUGCCUUUUAAAGCUUUAAAGCAGGCACCCCAAAACCUGACCCUCCAGGUGUUUUUGGGACUACAAUUCCCACCAUCCCUGACCACUGGACCUGUUAGCUAGGGAUGAUGGGAGUUGUAGUCCCAAAACAUCUGGAGGGCUGAGUUUGGGGAUGCCUGCUUUAAAACGUGAAUGAGAGCACCUUGAAUCGAACCUGGAAAGCACAGGAAGUUGUCUUACAAUGAGUCAGACCAAUGGCCCGUCUAACUUAGCAUUGCCUACACUGACUGGCAGCAGCUCUCUGGGGUUUUGGGCAGGAGUCUCUCUGCCGGCCCUGCCUGGAGAUUGAAGCUGGGACCUGCAUGCAGAGCAGGUGCCUCAGCUACAGCCUUCGCCUGAUAACCUGUACCCCAAAAAAUGUUUGCAGGAAUUUUUCUGGCUUGUCAGGGAGCGGGGGCAAAGGUUGAGAGCACGCUAAUUUCUCACAAAAAGUUAGAAUAAUCAUGGCUGCUACACUUUGCCUCUUUAAUCGCUAUAGGUUCUAUAAAUAUACUAGAAACUUAAAUCUUGUUUUUAAAUGGAAUAUGGGGAUUAUGGUUCAUCCGGAGGGGGAGGGAAGGAGGAACGCCACACACACACGUCCCCCCCGCUUCCUCUGUGAACGGCCAUGCUUCAAAUGCCAACCUUUCUGCGCUAAAUCUGGCGGAUAAUGGCGGCUGGGAGGACGGCGCUGACUCUCCUACAGGCCACUGCCCAACUUUAGGGGAUGGUGACGCAACGGAGCGGUGGCGUAACUUCUUUGUUGCCAAAGUUAGAGGCCUUAAAAUGUUAAAGCUUAUUGUUAUUCUGAGUUGAUAAUCUCUCCCUUGCUUUAAUAAUUUUUCCUCAUGCCUGGAUAGCCCGCGAGUUGCACGAUAAUCACUCACACAGCUUUGUAAUCAAUGCCCAAAGUAAUAGGAUUCCGCUGGCCAACGGCAAUUAAUAAAUUUGUGUCUCUCCCCCCCCCCCUUUUUUUAAAACACUAGCAAGUCGGGCCUGAAAUACGACUGACUGGCUUUUGCUCAUUUGCAUAUUUAUUGCAGUGGAAAAAUUCUUGCGGAAUGAUUGAUGUUGAGCCUGCCUCUUGAAUUCCAACCAGUGCAUUAUUAUGAAAUGAAAAAUGCCAGCCAUACAGUUGAUUAAAGUUGAAGACAGUGGAAUCAGUGUUUUUUAAGAUUGUGGGAGAAUUAAAGGCAUAUUUUAAUAGAUGUUGACAAGAAGUGAACUAACAAAAGCAAAGCAAAGGAUUUGCUUGAAAAGAUUUAAUCAAACGUGUUUCUUGGGGGAUUAAUUGCUGGGGAUGACUAGCCUAGCGCCUGGGGUAGGCUGGGGAGGGGGGGCAGGCGGGGAGACGGUGCAGGAACCGGGGGGGGGGGCGUCCUAGCUUAUGGGUUUGAAUGAGAAGUAUUGUUCUUGGGCCAACGUAUCGAGCGUUGCGUUUGACCUACGGUUUAACUCCGGUCUCAGAGCUGUCUGUGAAAAGAAACGAGAGUAGUCCCUCUUAAUCCUAAAUGUCCAAACUGGACAGGGAAAAGUGACGUACACUCUUGGUUUCGCUGUAAUAACUUGUCUUGAGUUGGGGCGGGGGGUUUCAGGAGGAGAGAAUAUAUAUUCAUGUUGGUCUGUAUAUUUGUAAUAAUUCUGUGCCUGCAAUAUUUUGCAGCUGUGUUCGUGUACACUGAGCAGCUGAGCACAUAAGCAUGGAUGGGGGAAGCCGUUGGUGCCCUCUAGACUACAACUCCCAUCAUCCCUGACCACCGGCCAUGCUGGCUGGGGCUGAUGGGAGCCUGGAGUCGAACGACAUCCAGGCCCUUCCCUUUGCUAAGGUGUUGAAUUAUCACCAACCCAGCAGUGGCUGAAGGAAACUUCUGGCCAUUGGUCCAUCUAGCUCUGUGUUGUCUGCACUGACUGGCAGCAGCUCUACAGGGUUUCAGACACACUCAGCCCCACCUGGAGAUGGCAGGGAUUGAACCUGGGACCUUUUGGGUGCAAAACAGGUCGUGCUCUGCCAUCUUCACCAAAAAAUAGAUUCAAGUCCUCAUGGCUCUGAAUGAAGAAGGGUUGGAUUAAGUAGGCACAUAGGAAGCUGCCUUAUAUUGAGUUAGGCCAUUGGUCCAUCCAGGCCAGUAUCCCGAUUGGCCGUGGCUAUUGAGGAUUUCAGACCGUUGACAUACCCAGCCCUGCUUGGAGAUGCCAGGGGUUAAGAGCCUGCUUUGUCAGGCUAAAGGCCCAUCUGGUCCAGCAUUUAACUUGAGCAAAAUUGCUGUUGUCAGGGUGGGUUAGGGUUGCAUGCGGAGGGUUGCUUCUUGAGGGCUGCCGUGUGUGUGAAUGCAUGCAGUAUAUUUUGUAUAUCAGGCAUAGGCAAACACUGACCCUCCAGAUGUUUUGGGACUACAAUUCCCAUCAUCUCUGUCCACUGGUCCUGAUAGUUAUGGAUGCAUUGCUUAGGAAUUAAGGGAAGCAAAAAGUCAGUGAAGUUUUGAGAUCUGUGGUUCAAAUCAUCACUGUUUGGAAUGCUUCCGUCAGCCAUCUUUGUUCAGAAUGGCUUCUAGCUAUAUCUAAACAUAGAUGAAAGCCUGCUAUUUGAUCUCAGGAACCAUCAUGCGCAAUCUGGUUAUAAUAUUUUAAGAGUGUCCAAAUUCAUAGCACACAAACAACUUUCCAAAAUAUAUAGCAGUUAACAGUAAAAUUAUUAAUUAUAGGUCAGAAAGUUAAAAACAAGUUGGCCUCACCCUCUUUGAAAUAUAAAGGUAAAGGUACCCCUGCCCGUACGGGCCAGUCUUGCCAGACUCUAGGGUUGUGCGCUCAUCUCACUCUAUAGGCCGAGAGCCAGCGCUGUCUGCAGACACUUCCGGGUCACGUGGCCAGCGUGACAAGCUGCAUCUGGCGAGCCAGCGCAGCACAUGGAACGCCGUUUACCUUCCCGCUGGUAAGCGGUCCCUAUUUAUCUACCUGCACCCGGGGGUGCUUUCGAACUGCUAGGUUGGCAGGCGCUGGGACCGAACGACGGGAGCGCACCCCGCCACGGGGAUUCGAACCGCCGACCAUGUGAUCGGCAAGUCCUAGGCGCUGAGGUUUUACCCACAGCGCCACCCGCGUCCCUGCCUUUGAAAUAUAGUCAGCAGUUAAACAAUAUGCGUUAUAAAAUAAAACUACAGAUUAAAAAUUAUAGUUAUAUUCAGCUAUGUCUUUCUCAGGGUUGACCCGCUGAAAUGAACCAAGGUAAGUCAUGUCAAUUUAACUUCAUUGGGUCUACUCUGAGUAGUACUCUUGUUGACCACUACCUAUAGAUUGUAUCCAAUCUUAGUCAAGCUCAGAGUAGACCCACUGAAAUUAAUGCACUUGUCUAUCAUAGGUCCAUUAACUCCAAUGGGUCAGCACUGAGUAGAACUUAGUUUAAUACAUCCCUGUGCAUCUAGGUAUAGUCAUGACCAUACAUUUCAAUGGGUCUCUUCUGAGUUGUACAAACAUUGGACACAGCCCCACAGCAAGUAAGUGACCAAAUAGAGACUUCAAAGCUAUUUAAAUGUGUUAUUGUUAUUAUUCUUAGUAAGCUAAACUGGGGCUAAAUGAUUCGACCCCCCCCUUUUGUCAGUUGCUUAUAGCACGGUCUUGUGCUUGCUUACUCAAGAGUUAAGUCAGAAAGUUUUACAUGGGAGCAUUUUCCCAUCACAACGUAAGCCUCACCAGGGACAGAGCCACUCAUUUAAAACACACCCAACACACAUUUAAAGCCCACAAUUACUCUUCAAAGAAUCAUGGGAGCCAGGGAUACAAUUCCCAUCACCCUUAAUGAACCACAAUUGCCAGGAUUCCGGGGGGGGGGGGCUAAAUAUGCUUUAAAUCUAGGGUACCUGCUCCAGAGGUAAGCCCUCUUCAAUACGACUUAUUCCCAGGUAAGCAGAAUUAAAGUUAUGGCCUCGUUUACUUCUUUUGUGGGGUGUGUGAAGGGAUGCUUGUUUUAUUCAUUUUCUUACAGGGAAACCCCACCUUGCAGGGUGCAUGGGACACACACAGUUAUUUAUUUCAGUUUUGCUUAAAAAAAAUGAAUUUAUCCAAGCGAACAGUUUGUAUGGGAUGGUGAAUUUCUCCUCAACUUGUAUUUCUUUUGCACCUCUGUUCUCUCUCUCUCUCUCUCUCUCUCUCUCUCUCUUUCUCUCUCUCUGAGCCUUUUCAGGCAGUGUCUCUCAGACCCAAAUAUAAUAACCUCUGUUGCCGUCUCUUUUGCAUAUGUUGAGUGUCAGCUGCAGCGGAUGUGACCCCCUUUCCACCACCCCCCUCCCCGGGCGGCCGCCGCUCCUCUCCUCUCUCCCCGCCGUCAUAUAUCUUGCGGCGCUCCUCGCCAUUCAGGAAUAAACAUGUGUAAUGUGCUUGAUGGUGAAAAUAAUUCCCCACCUUAUCUUCGCUUUGUUCUCUUGCCUGCCUGCCACUUGUCACACAGGGUGAUACGAUGGCUCCUUUUGUGCUUCCUCCCUCGCCACCGCGUAAGCCCCCAUUUGCUGUAAAUGGGUUUGGGGGCCCACCCCCAUUUUUUAACAAGAUGGCAAGCUGAAGGUGGGGGGUGGCUGGGUGGGUGAGAAAAGAGGAGCUUUCCUCCCUCUCCCCAGUCCAAAAAUACGGGCUUACAAGCAGCCUUGUGGAUUUUAAGCAGGGGUCAGCAAACUUUUUCAGCAGGGGGCCAGUCCACUGUCCCUCAGACCUUGUGGGGGGCCGGACUAUAUUUUGAAAAAAAAUAAUGAAUUCCUAUGCCCCACAAAUAAUCCAGAGAUGCAUUUUAAAUAAAAGCACACAUUCUGCUCAUGUAAAAACACCAGGCAGGCCCCACAAAUAACCCAGAGAUUAAAAUAAAAGGACACAUCCUACUCAUGUAAAAACAGGCUGAUUCCCGGACCAUCCGCGGGCUGGAUUUAGAAGGUGAUUGGGCCAGAUCUGGCCCCCGGGCCUUAGUUGGCCUACCCAUGAUUUUAAGCAUUAAGAAAAACCAAACAGCCAGCCUAUUUCCACCCCUGCACACAAAUAUUUAUGUAAUGUUAGGGGAUAUGUGUCCCUACUUGACCCUUAAGGCAGGCACGGGGAGCCCUUUUCCCCCCAAGGUGUGCAUUCCGUCAUGGCAAUGUUCUGAGGGCCACAUCAGUCAUCAAGACUCUGUGAUUGGCAGGUGUGACCUUGUUGGUGUCAACCACCACUGUGUAUUGCAUGGUUGGCGCUGACCCACAGCAGGGCCUUCUUGGUGGUGGUUCCACCUGCUUGUAGAAUGCCCUCCCUCGCGACACGCAUCUCUCUCAUUAUUGACUUUUCAGUGGAAUUCAAAAGGCAUUCUGGUUCACCCAGCCUUAGGAUGGCUGAGAGAUCCAUGUUUCCGGCAACCCUGAAAUCAUCGGUUACGAGACUUCGUUCAUCCAUUUAAGCAGCUUUUAUAGGGUUUCUAGUGAUCUAGUUUUAGUUAUGCUUUUGCUGCCCUGGACUCCUUUGGAAAGAAGACCAAUGGGAUAUAAAAUAAUGUUAAUGGCCAGACACACAACAGUCUCCAUCUAGCCAAGCAAGAGGUAGUUUAUCUCGGUUCAAGGGUGCUUUUCCCAGCCAGGUAAAAUCACUAGAGGAGAGUUUGAAGCCAGGCCAGUGAGGGAUGCGACCUUAGCAGGAUCCCCAGGGCUGAAUUGAGGAGACUUCAGGGCCACAUUGGUUCCACCCUCCAAAGCCUGAGGUUCCUCAACCCUGAAUUAAGGCAGGUUGAGAGGAGCGGUACCUUAGUGGCCAAUUGCCCCCUUUGCAUGCAGAGGGCUCCAAGCUAAGCCCCCGGCUUCUCUGGCUUAAAAGGCUCCUGCAGGAGGUGAUAGGAUACACCUGCCUUUCCCUGAAGCCCUGGAGAGCUGCUGCUGGUCAGAAUAGGCAGUAUUGGACUAGAUCAGUGUUUCCCAAGGUUGGGUCUCCAGCUGUUGUUGGACUAUGGUUCCCAUCAUCUCUGACCACUGGUCCUGCUAGCUAGGUAUGAUGGGAGUUGUAGUUGAAAAAAACAGCUGGAGACCCAAGAUUGGGAAACCCUGGACUAGAUGGGCAGGUAGUCUGAGCUGGUUUAAGGCAGCUUCCUACAUUCCCAUUCCCUCCCCCUAAGAGCAGUGGUGGGGAACCAGUGGCCCUCACAGGUGUAGUCGAACUCCAGUUCCCAUCAUCCUCCCAUGGCCAGGGAUGAUGGGAGUUGUAGUUCAGCAGAAGGUUGGGAGUUCAACAGAAGGGAUCAUUUCGUUUGCAACUUAAGAGUUAAUUCUGUUCUCCCAAGGUGGAUGGGAGGGGCAGAGGUGUUGCUUAGCAACUAACCAGAGUGACAUGAUCUUUGUGGAUCUGCUUGGGUGUCUAGUUGAGGCAGGUUUAGUUGCACCUAACUCUUCUCUCAAAAAGGCAGGCCCCUGAAAGGCAAAAUCUCUCUGUUUAUUUCUUCUCGAACGGUGCACUAUUCUUGUUUGGUUUUGCUCCGUGAAGCAUUAACUGGGAUUUCUUUCCUCUCUGGGCUCCCUCUGCGUUAUUCAAGCGACUUUGCUAGCACCCUUUGCAUGUCUUAAUUCUUCACCGCUUUCACCGUUCUGGAUUCUGCAGAAAACUCUUUGCGGCCAGAGUGCAAAGAUGUGCAAAUUUAUUCCCAUUGUUUGUUCAUUCGUUUUCUUCCCGGACGAAGAACUUAAAAGUGCAAUGGCAAAUAGCAUGGUCUUCCUGCUGCCAUCGGAGAAGUCACAUGGGCGUGUGUGGACGUGUCAAAACUGCUGCCCCACCUGCUGCCUGCAAGGUCCUCGAUUAUUCUCUCUCUCCACCCCCAGCCCCCCAAAUCUCCUGUCUUUGAAGCUUUUCUGGUAGUGACUCUUUGGGAAACAUUAAAUGCCAUUUCCAUUUUGUUCUGCAGAUCACAAAGCCCUCAAGGCUUUGCUGAGGACCCUGGUGGAUCUCCAGGACGAGCUUUUGCACCAGUACUCGGGCACAAGACAUCUGGUAGAUGGAGAUCAAGGCAAAGAGGAGAGGUAAAUGCAAAAACAAUGGCAGUUCGGUCGACCUCAGGGAUGAGGCUGGGGAAGCUUUUUCCUCUGGCUGGAAAGGGAAAAGGCCCAUAGCUUAGUGGGUAGAGAAUCUGCCGGUCUCGGGUUCAAUCCCCAGCCUCUCCAGUUAGGGCUGGGAAAGACCCCUGUCUUAAACCUCGGGAGUUGCUGCCGGCCAGUGUAGGCAGUACUGAGGUAGAUGGACCAGUGGCCUGCCUUGUUAUAGACCAGCUUCCUUUGUUCCCAAGUUCCAUAUCAGUCGGAGGGCAAAAAGUGGGUGAAGCGAUUGGUUCUGGAACUGACAGCUGUACAAUAAGCUAUGCUUCACCCCUGGAAAAGUUAAAGAGGUUUUUAUUAUGUGUUUUGUGUUCUCAUUUUGUAUGUUUAUGUUGUGAACGGCCUUGUGCUCUUCAGAUGACCUGGGCUGCAUGCAAAUUUAAUAAUUAAAUGAUAAUAAUUAGAGUUUUUUGCAUUCUGCCCCACCCUGCCCCUAUGCAUCUCUGCACCCAGGCAUGCAAGAGGCAUUAUGAUCUCAGUUCAAGAGCACAUUUCAAAUGCUGUAACUUUUCCUCCUUUAUGGGAGUAGGUGUUGAAGGAGGGGGGAAAGGAGAUUUGUCAAGUAAUCCUCACCCAGAACUGUCAUAAGGGAAGAUGAGGUUUGGGGGGGCUCUGAGAGCACUCGUCAGUUGGCUGCUCUCAUCUGGGGAAGAUUUCGGAACAAGGGUGCUGCAUUGCUACCGGACCAAGUUCAGAGUGCUAAUAUAGGUAUAUAUAGAGCCCUUAACAGCUUGGGACCAGUUUCCGUGCAGGAUUGCUUUACCCCAUAUGUGCCGGUUCAUCUCCUUGGGUCUGCAGAAGUGGCACGGCUAUGGGUCCCACAUAGUUCCACACUGGUAAGAAUUCAACUUUUUGCUGUGGCAGCAUGAACACUCCCUGCCUGUUGACAUUAGGCAAGCAUCUUUGCUGUUUCCGGCGCCUGCUAAAAACAUUUAUGUUUAGGAAAGCCCAUCCAGAUGUGUAGAUGUCAUAUGUGUUUUAUCCCUCUUAAGCCAAUGUUGCUUUUCAUCACCUCCUGGAUAUGUUUAAAUACUUGUUUUAUAUUUGUUGUAAGCCACUUAGAGGUCACCCCACCCCCAAAUCAUAUAGUGGUAUAUUGCUAAAUAAAUAAAUGUGUUGAGUUAGGAGUUACACAUUCUUGAUCUUGCUUUAUUUAUUUUUUUAGCAACGAGGAGAUCCCAAGCGGCGAUGACAACGAUGACCAAGCUGAGACGGGAGACAAGGAGAAGAAGAGGCCACGCAAGCGGAAGCUGGGAAUGGACGAUUACCCAGAGUUCGCGGCCAAGCGGUUUGCCGACUUCCGGUCCUAUCGGAACAGCACGCUGCAGAAGUGGCAUGAUAGGACCAAGCUGGCUUCUGGGAAGCUGGGGAAGGCAAGAGUCGCUCCUCUCUUUUGGGGGGUGGGUGCAGGUCAUCGGUCACGUGUGACUUGUGGCUUCCUUGCAGUGCUAAGAUCCCAUUGUCAGGGAAAGCCACACCUUGUGCAGAUCCCCACUUUGAAAACCUAAAAGGGAAAGAAAAAGCUACAUAAACAGGAGCGUGCGUGUAAAAAUGCAUUGUGAACUGCCCUGAGUGCUGUAGGUGAAAAGCGGUAUACAAGUUCAAUGCAUUGUUACAUACAUACAUACAUACAUACAUACAUAAUAGCACCUGCAUCAAGAAAUUGAAAAUAGUAAUAGUAAGAAGAAGAAGAAGAGUUUGGAUUUGAUAUCCUGCUAUAUCACUACCCUAAGGAGUCUCAAAGCGGCUAACAAUCUCCUUUCCCCUCCUCCCCCACAACAAACACUCUGUGAGGUGAGUGAGGCUGAGAGACUUCAGAGAAGUGUGACUGGCCCAAGGUCAUCCAGCAGCUGCAUGUGGAGGAGCGGGGAAUCGAACCCGGUUCACCAGAUUACGAGUCCGCUGUUCUUACCCUGCCCAUCUGGCCGGGCCUCCCCAACCACUCUGGGCGACUCCCAACGGAAUAUAAAAAGCACGAUAAAACAUCAAACAAUAAAAACUUCCCUAAACAGGGCUGCCUUCAGAUGUCUUCUAAAAGUCAGAUAGUUCUUUAUUUCCUUGACAUCUGAUGGGAGGGCGUUUCGCAGGGUGGGCGCCACUACCAAGAAGGCCCUCUGCCUGGUUCCCUGUAACCUCACUUCUUGCAGGGAGGGAACCACCAGAAGACCCUCCUUGGAGCUGGACCUCAGUGUCCGGGCUGAACGAUGGAGGUGGAGACGCUCCUUCAGAUGCCUCUGGGAAAAUCCUUGGCUGACAAUUUAGGAAGGAGGGUUAACUAAUUGGAGGGAACUGAAAAUGCUCUCUGGUCCAGCCAUCUUUUGGAGAAGGACAACUAAAAUCACAAGUUAAAGACUCACUCACAUAGGAAAUACUUUCCAGCUUAUCCACUAGCACAGAAAGAUUGGGGCAGGGGAACGGAAGAUGGUUUUCCCUGCAUUUGUCUGACCUUGGUUAAUGUCCCUCCAGGGUUUUGGUGCCUUUGAGCGUUCCAUCCUGACCCAGAUCGAUCACAUCUUGAUGGACCGAGAGAGGUUGCUCCGGCGGACGAGGACCAAGCGGUCAGCCUACAGGGUGCUGGGGAAGCUGCAGCCAGCCCCUGAGCCGUUGCCAGUGACUUUGCCAGGACAGGCGGUAAGCUGGAGAUUUGGGUGGGUGCUCGGGGAGGGGGUAGUGAGGAAGGAAACAGUUUGGCUGCUGCAGUUUGAGAGCAAGGCACCUUUCUUGUUUUGAGAAGAUCGCUGGAAGAAGGCAGGCCGAGAAGGAAUUUUGUAACGCAGUGGAGUGAAAAGAUUGUUAAGGUUUGCAAGCGAAGCUAGCAAAAGGUCUUUUGACUUGCCAUAGGCUAUAUUCCCUGAGCAACUUUGGGUUCCUCUUUUGGAUGGGGAACAAAUUUAAUAAAUGAGUAAGCUGCGGUUUGGGGAUUUUAAGCACCAAAGUGACGAUGGGUAUUUCCACAGUUUCUUAGAUUUCUGUUGGGGACCCUGUCAUAGCUUGCCACUGGGGAACCCCCACUGGGAAAUUGGUGAGGCAAUGGCUCCACGGAGUAGGGGAGAGAGAACAGGCUUGGGGGCACUAGGUCCUGGUCCCCUGAACCAGAUAUGGGGAUCCUGUGGCCCUCCAGAUUUUGAUGAGAAGACUCCCAACUCCCAUCAGCCCCAGCCGGUGUGACCAGCGGUUGGAGAUGAUGGGAGUUGUAGUCCAGCAACACCUGCAGGGACCGCAGGUUCCUAAACCCACAUCAUUAAGCCUCUUUGAGUUUAUUUUAUAAAGCCAAGUUGGGGUAUGUCGUCGUGGCUUCUCAGUAGCUCUGUGGUCACAGGGCCCACUGAGAAAGUAGCCUCUUGAGCCCAGAUUCAAGCCCAGAGAGUCUUCAUGAUUUUUCUCUUGCCUUACUAGGAGGCCCUUCCGCCAACAACAUCCAACGCGCACCUCAAAGACCUGGACGAGGAGAUCUUUGACGAUGACGACUUCUACCAUCAGGUGGGGGCCUUGUGGCAGUGGGCGGAAACUUUUAAGCCAAGCAGAAAAAGUUGCAAGCACCUUCCCCUGUGUGUCUUUCCCAUAUGUGCUCCGCUCUUCAUGCUUGUAAAUGAACAGCUAUCUUGGGCCCACCACCCCCUGGGAGAUAGCACCGUUCCUUUUUCCACGGGGAGAUCCUUUGUAAAAGGAAUUGUGGGGGGGACUUUUGUAGUUGCAUUCCGUCAUGUGCAGCCUUUGGUGGAGCACAUACUCGUGGCAAAAGUGGGUGUGCCCAGACACACUGCUCUCCCUUGAGGCAAGCAAGCGGCGUUAUCGCUAGAGUAGGGAGGAAAAAGGGACGCGGCUGGCGCUGUGGGUUAAACCACAGAGCCUAGGACUUGCCAAUCAGAAGGUUGGCGGUUCGAAUCCCCGCAAUGGGGUGAGAUCCCGUUGCUCAGUCCCUGCUCCUGCCCACCUAGCAGUUCGAAAGCACGUCAAAGUGCAAGUAGAUAAAUAGGUACCGCUCCGGCGGGAAGGUAAACGGCGUUUCCGUGCGCUGCUCUGGUUCUCCAGAAGCGGCUUAGUCAUGCUGGCCAUAUGACCCAGAAGCUGUACUCUGGCUCCCUCGGCCAAUAAAGCGAGAUGAGUGCUGCAACCCCAGAGUCGGCCACAACUGGACCUAAUGGUCAGGGGUCCCUUUACCUAUACCUUUAGGGCGAAGAAAGCGGGGCCAGUGAGUAGCGUGGCCUGGGCAAAGUUUUUGUGCUUGAGUAUCCCCACCCCUGCUUUACAUGCUGUAAAUGACACACACACACACCGCAGCCCCAGCAACGAAGUUCUCAAUUUCACAGCUUGUAGCCAUAUAGGAUAAUACCAACAGUCCUUUUUUUCUUUGAAAGGCAUCUCCUUAAGGCCUAAUAAUAAUAAUAAUAAUAAUAAUAAUGGUGAUAAUGAACCAGGCUUUUUCAGGGGUAGCUUUGUUGGAUAUUGUUCCCGUUGGCUUUACAGAUGGACUUAAUCUGUUCUUACUGUUGUAAAUUUGUAUUUUUGUGUCUUUUUUUGGUACACUGCCAGGAUGGUUUUCAAAUGGUGGGUGGUUUAUAAAUCCUUUAAAUAAAUCAUGUAGCAUAUGAGAGAGCAUACACAGAGAGAGCAUACAUAUGAGAGAGCAUACAUCAUGUAUCAUACACAGAGAGAGGAAGGAGUAAAAGAAAGAGAGAGAUAAACAUAGUAGGAUGGAGACAGAGAAGGGCAGGCAGAAUUCUCUUUCUGUAAUAGGGCUUUUCAGCUAUGCAAGUACUACGGGGGAUUUAGGGGCCCUCUGGAACAGCACUGGGGUGAGACAAGAAAUUGGGAGUAUUUGGCAGGGGUACUUUGCCCACUCCUCAGUUAAUCAGGGUGCCAGGGUUAAUCUAAAUUAAAACGAAUAGAGGUCUUGGAAGGGAAUGGGGGCACCUGACUUUCAGGCAAAUGGAGCUGCCAGGCUCUGCUUUGUGUGUGGUUGGCCAUUUCCCGAAGUGCGAGGAGAGGGCAGUGGGCGUGGAGAAAGGAGCCAUGAAUGGUGGGUGUGCAAACGAUGAGUGUGCAAAUGGUGGGUGACUCUAUACAAAAGGAGGGAGGAACUGCCUUUGGGGAUGACUUACAUAUCACACAUUCGUCACUUAGACUUGCUGCUGUUAGGCUGCACCUGCUUGAACAGAGAGCAAGAGGGAGAGGCGGGGGGGGGGAGAGGAGGACGUUUUCCAGGUGCUGCCAACAUCUGGCAACUCAGCAGGGGCUGGUCCUGACUCCUGGCUACCCUACUGUCUCUAAAUACGGUCCUUGGGAAGCAUGGGGGCUUCAAUCACUUCCCUGGAUUUGGCAGCGGGCUGCGACAGCUUAUCCGUGCCUCGUACAUCACGCUCAAGACAUCUGCUCAGCUGAGAAAGACACCUUCGUUUUUCUUUUCUUCUUCUUCUUCUUCUUCUUUUUGCUUCACACACACACACACACACACACACACCCUGCCAGCUUCUCUCCCUCCCUUCCAAUCCUCAAUAUGCUUCUUGGGGGAGAUGAUCUGUUAAAAGAUUACCACUUCAUUGUGUCCCAAGUAAUUGUGGGAAUGCUAGGCCACCUUGACAGGCUCCGUGUAGCCGUACCUCUUCCACUGACCUGGCUCAUUUUCCUCCUGUUCAGUGGGAUUUGGCAAAGAAAUUGGACCUGGAGACUUUUUCGACGACAAGCCUGAGAGGCGAGUCGGGGAGCGGAUGCGUCUGUUUUCUGCCAGCCUCCCACUUAAAAGUGGCUUCAUAAAGGACCUUCCUUUUUUAUUUGUUAGGGGUGUGAGCGAGAGCUUGGAAGCUCCUUCUGGGGAAUGAGGGGUUGGAGGGGAAGAAAAUAAUAAUAAUAAUAAUAAUAAUAAUAAUAAUAAUAAAAUUUUAUUUUUACCCCGCCCUCCCCAGCCAAGAUCGGGCUCAGGGCGGCUAACACCAAAUAUAAAAACAAUUGAUUGAAAUACAACUUAAAAAACAAGAUUAAAACACAACAUUAAAACAUUAAAAUGCAGCCUCAUUUCAGUGGAAACUCAAAUCAAAAACUUUUUUGGGGAUGAAAACGUCUUCACCAAGGCUACCUAUUCAGACUGGUCCUACAUGGGCCAGAAAAAAGCCAGGGAAGUCCCCAAAUAGGAGUUCCAUCGCAGAAGGAGAAAGGAAAAAAGAAAGAGGGGGAGGGAAUCAAGUUGAUUCCAAGCCAACGGCCAGGCGGAACAACUCUGUCUUAUAGGCCCUGCGGAAAGAAAUCAGAUCUUCCAGGGCCUUGGUCUAAUGAGACAGAGCGUUCCACCAGGCCGGAGCCAGUGCUGACAAGGCCCUGGCUCUGGUUGCGGCUAAUCUGACUUCCUUAGGGCCCAGGACCUCUAGGGUGUUGCUAUUUAUGGACCUUAAGGUCCUUCGUGGGGCAUAUCGGGAGAGGCGGUCCCCUAGGUACGAGUUCCUAGGUCGAUCAAAGUUGACCCAAGACUAGGUGCUGAAUGCCUGGGCCUGCUACUCCCCACGUGAUCCUAUAUGGACUAGAUGAGCAUCAUCAGAGCCCCUUCUCUGCAUGUUUUCAGUUGCAUGUUUUCAGUUGCGGCUCUCUGAUUGCAGAGUGCCCUCAUCAGGGAAGCACCCCUGGCGCCAUCACGGUCAGAUUUUAGGCUCACAAGGAAAUGAAGAGAGCCCAUUUGGAUCAGGCCAGUGGCCCAUCUAGUCCAGCAUCCUGUCCUCACAGUAGCCAACCAGAUGUCCAAAUGAGAAGUUCCAAAGCAGGACCUGAGUGCAACAACAUCACUCUCCCCGCUUGCGAUUCCCAUAAAUUGGUACCUACAAGUAUCCUGCCUCCAGCUGCGAAGGAAGAGCACAGCUGUCGUGGCUGGUAGCCAUUGAUAGUCCUCUCCUCCACAAUUUUCCCUAUAAUCAUAUUUUAAAGCCAUUCAACUUGCUGGUCGUCAUUGCCUCUUGUGGCAGCGAGUUCCGUAGUUCAACUAUGCGCUCUGUGUGAUGAAGGGGCUUUCUCCUUUCUGUCCUGAAUCUUCCAGCAUUCAGUUUCAUUCGAUGUCCACGAGUUCUAAUGUUAGGAGAGAGGGUGAACAUUAUUUUAUUUCUCCACUUUCCUUCGUGGCAGUGUGCUUCUGAGUCCCAGGCAUCACAAGCAUGGAGAAUGCUCUUGUGCUUGUGCUCACCUGGGGCGUUUGGUUGGCCGCUGUGAGAACAGGAUUGCAGAACUAGACGGCCUCUUCUUAGGUCCUUAAUUUCUGCAUCUUUUAACUACUUAAGCACUUCCAGCUCUGAUUUUGCAGGCACGUGUCGUGUACAAAAUGGACUUUAAACAAAGCAACUUCAGUGUUUUUGUGGUGUGUGUGUGUGUACACACACACACACACACGAGAUUUCUGAUAAUGCCAUGUAAUUACAAAAUCUGGCAAACUAUUACAAGUCAAUAAUGGUGAAAAAUGGAGAGAGGAAGUGGGGUUUUUUUCUUCCCCUCCUUCCAUCCUGACAAGUUGGUUUACCUUAAUUAAACUGGUGAGCGAUUAAUAUGGACAGUUGAUCUUGUGGCUCUCAUUAGAUGCAUUUAGAGGGUGUCCCCCCCCCCCCGGAAAUAGGAGCUGCCUGCAACCAUUCCAUAGGUUAAUGGCAAUACAAUAAUCUUAUCAUAGGCAUGUGUCUCUGGAAUGGCUGAGUAGGUGGUUAAUAGCAUGUUUUUAAAGCUUGGUUUGGGGGCUCCUCUUAAUGGGUUACUAAGAAGAGGACACGUCUUCUUUUCUGUUGCUUUUCACAGUUACACAGUUUUCCGCAGCGGCAUUCUUUAUAUUUAAUUUUUUCGCGGGUCGUUGCUGAGCUGGUGGUAGAUGUAAUUAAUGCCUAACCUUCAGCAGCUGUGGAUCGGUGUUGGUAUAUUCAUGGUGAAGCUGUCAUUUAGAAGCUAAGAAGAGCCGUGCUGGAUCCGGCCAUUGGAUCCUGUUCUCCCAGUGGCCAGUGAGAUGCCUGUGGGAAACGCAAACGCUGGGCUUGAGCACAGCAGCCCUCUUCCCCCCUGCAGUUUCCAGCAACUGGUAUUCAGAAGCAUAUUGCCUCUGGCCAUUGUGGAUAGUAAUGGGAAGCACAAAAGCCAGACCUGAGCCCAGCAGCACCCUGUCUACCUGCAGUUCUCAGCUCCCUGUCAGCUACUGUGGAGGUAGAACACAGGCGUGCUGUCGAGUAAUGGUUAGUAAUGCUAAUGUGUAACCUAAAGCAGAACUGAUCGCUUUCUGUGACUCUCCACAGGUGGAUUUAGACAUGCACUUGCGAGGUCUAAUUCUCAGUGUUGGUUUUUGCCCCUAACCAGCUUUAGAGGGGCACUUUUGCCUUUUUGAGUGUGCAUUGUUGGCUUGUUGUCCAAAAACAGCAGGGUACUUUCCCAGUGUGUAGCCAACACACUGCGAUCCUCAUUGGAGGCCCUUCUUCGUGUGCCGCCUCCGCGAGAAGUUGGCAACACGAGCGGGCCUUUUCUGUGGUGGCUCCCUGCUUGCGGAAUACUCUCCCCAGGAAGCCCCGCCUGGUGCCUUUGUUACAUAUCUUUAGGUGCCAGGUAGAAAAAGAAACAUUCCUCAUCUCCCAGACCUUUGGCUAAUUAAAUCUAUGGCCUUUUAAACUGUGGUAGGGGGGCAUUGGACAGUGUUAUAGAAGCGACCAACAUGAAUUUGACCAAACUGCGGGAAGACAGGAGUGCCUGGCGUGCUCUGGCCCAUGGGGUCACGAAGAGUCGGACACAACUAAUCAACUAAACAACAGACAAAAGGGGGGUAUUUUUUUUGCUUAUUAUGGUAUGCAUUUGUGUGUGGUUUUUUUAAUACGUAACCCACCGUGUGAUCCAUGGAUGAAGGGCGAUAUAGAAAUGUAAACAACAACUGCAAUAAUGAACUCUGUAUAAGAACAUUGGAAGAGUUCUGCUGGAUCAGGACAAAGGCCCAUCUAGUCUAGCAUCCUUUCAUCACAAUCAGAUACCCGUGGGAAGUCUGCAAGACGGCUCUGGGUGCAAGAGCAGUCUCCCCACUUGUUUCCACCAGCAGCUGGCAUCCAGUAGCAAAACCGCCUUCCAACAGCGGAGGCAGAACAAAAUAAUCUUGGCUAGUAUCCCUGGGCCUUGAUCCUCCCUGAAUUUGCCUAACCAACCGUGUUGGGGGCGGCUGCCAUUGCAUCUUGUAAAUGGACGAAGAGAAAGAGGGAGAUGGAGGAUGAAUGAGAACAUUAGAAAAAACCAAGGGCCUAUCUGAUCAGCCCAAAUUACCAAACGAAGUGCCUUUGGAAAGCCCCCCCCCCCCCAAGUUCCCCCAGCUACUCUGUACUCAGAGACAUGCUUUCUCUGAACUUGGAGGUUAUGCAUAGCUAGGAAGGGCAGGUUUCAGUUCUGUGCCAUUUCAUAUAUGCUCAAUCAUUGGACCCUCCCCUCUUUUUUUUGAUCUUAAAAAAACAAAAUGAAAAAGUGCACCCACCUGACUUGCCACUAAAAUAGGUAUUUUUGUGCACCAUCUACCCUGACUGUGCAUGCUUUCCAGUGCACAUUAGACACGUUUUCGUGUACGUUUUUAAAAAGCACAUCACAGACAUGCACAUAUUGCCAUGCUUUCCGGGGCAUUUGCCCCCUGUGUGCAAUUCCCUGCAUUGCAAAAGUGUGAGACGUGUGUAGUAACUCGCCCGUGGUGCAAAGGGAAUGUUGGCAUCGCUUGAACUCAGUUUUCUUUAGGCCCCUGGCUCUGCCCGCUACUGGGACCGUGACCCUUGGAAGCUUGCCCAGAAGGGAAUGUGGUCCCUGGGCUGAGAAAGAUUUCCUGCCGCUGACCUUGGCAAGUUUCAGCCUUCUGAGGCAGGCUAUAAGGGGGCAAUAUUAGGAGAUUUGCAUCAGUGGAAGUCGUUUGGUGCCAGUUUGAUUGAGAGAACUCGCCAGCCACAGUUUUAUCCCAGUUCCUCAACCACCACCAUUUCCUUUCCCUCUGCCUCAAUCUUCACACAUCGGGGGCUUAGUGCUGAUAGUGUGAUUUACUUGCGUUUCCUACUUAAUAAUUAGACACUGGGAGACUCCAUCUGUCACUCCUAAUGGAAUACGUGGGGGUCUGACUAGAGUUUUUCUGUUUUGACUAAUAAAUUCUAACUGGGAUUGCUGAGCCUAAUGAAAUAUUACAACUUCAGGAACGGAGAGUGGUGUUCUUUUUCUUUCUCAUUCCUCCCCCCACCUUCCCUUCUUCUUCUUUUUUAUUAAAGGCCCUGUGCUGGAAUUAAAAAAAAACAACCGAGAGAUUUUGCUGUUUCCUCCAGUAAAUUGGUUUAUCAUUUAUCCUCUUACUCUGAACCCUUGGCUCUGCUCUGGAACCUGGUGCAGUCUCUGUGUGUGUUUGUGUUGGCUGCAAGGCCAUAGGACAAAAUAGCAGAAAAACUAAUCAAAUCUUUUUUAAAAAAAAAACCCCAAUAAUAAUAGUAGAGGCACCCAUGUGGAGCCAACCAGACUUUUUCCAUUGGGUAGUGUCCCUCCCUUGCCUAUGUCUUAAGUUUCCUUAAAACAUAAAUAAAUCCAUUGUUAACAUGACUUCAGUGGGUUGGAGAAGGGAUAGCUCAGUCGGUAGAGCAUGAGACUCUUAAAUCAUGGGUCAUGGGUUCGAAUCCCAUGUUGGGCAAAAAGAUUCCUGCAUUGCAGAGGGGUUGAACUAGAUGACCCUUGUGGUCCCUUCCAGCUCUACAAUUCUGUGAUUCUCAGGUUGCUUUUUAAAUCAAUCUCUCUCUCUCUCUCGCUCUCUCACACACACACACACACACACACACACACACACUUAUUUAUUGCAGUUAUAUCCCACCAUUUUCUGUCCCAAGUUGCUCAAGGUGGCAUCUCAUUUAAUCCCCACAGCAACCCAGUGAGGUAGAUUAGGCUGAGAGGGAGAGAGACAUUGACUGCCCCAAGGUCACCCAGCGAACUUCAUGGCCAAGUGGGGAUUUGAACCCUGAAUUCCCAGGUCCUGCUCCAACACUAAACCCUACAGCACACUGUACACACACACACAAACACAGAAACUAGCUAGGUCAGAGAUGGGGGACCCCUCUCCUGAUCGCUCUGCAAUAUGGACGGGGAACUCCAGGCACUGGUCUCAGGGCCUCUUUCUCCAAAGUGUGCCAGGAGCACCUGAUACAAAGAGUGCGGUGGAUGCUCAAAGCAGAAGUCCAGGGCACGAGUGUUUGCACCAGCUCCGGAAAAGAGACCUAUUGUUUCACCGGUGGAAGUGUGGUGUUUGUGUAGGACUGCAGACUUAAGUUUAUCUAACUUGGGCGGCUUUCUAACCCCCAACCCCCAUGCAGAAUUUGCCCCCUAUUCUUCCUGUAAAGGUAAAGACUGGACCUGACCAUUAGGUCCAGUUGUGGCCGACUCUGGGGUUGUGGCGCUCAUCUCGCUUUAUUGGCCGAGGGAGCAGGCGUACAGCUUCCGGGUCAUGUGGCCAGCAUGACUAAGCCGCUUCUGGCAAACCAGAGCAGCGCACGGAAACGCCGUUUACCUUCCCGCCAGAGCGGUACCUAUUUAUCUACUUCACUUUGACGUGCUUUCAAACUCCUAGGUUGGUAGGAGCAGGGACCGAGCAACGGGAGCUCACUCCGUCACGAGAAUUCGAACCGCCGACCUUCUGAUCGGCAAGUCCUAGGCUCUGUGGUUUAACCCACAGCGCCACCCAUGCCCCUACCUGGCGCCCACCCUACCCCACCCACAGCGCCCACCCGUUUCUUCCCCUACCUGGUCCCAAAGGCAGUUGUCUACACAGCCCCCUGUGCUCACGUGACAGAUCCACCAAGCAAACUUGCCCAGAAGGAACAAUUGGCCGCGAAUGCAAAUACUCUUUGCUGCAGAGUAUCCAAGCUUUCUUUUCCCCCUUUCCCUUUCCAAAAAUAAGAUUGGCCAUACCAGCCGGCGCUGGUAGGAGAGGAAGCGAGGCAUCUAAUAAGUAUUGCCUUCAUUUUGCUCCUCUCCAGACUCUUUGCUCCCGUGAUAUUGACUGGGCAAAGGGAGCAGCCCAUUUUCUCCCCGAGCCCCAGAGGGCAACUGUUUACAGAGCGGUGCCGCCGUUAACACUGGUUUUAACGUGUCGCCCGUCUGCGUAAGGCUGGAUUUGGAUCUUGUACUUAGCUGCCAGGAGUGACUGUGAUGAAGUGGGAGAGAUAAACUGAUAGAUUGUGUGCCAGGAAGAUGUUGGGGAAUCAAUCAGAUAAACAGGGCAAAGAGAGAGGGAGCUUGCUGGGUUUAUUCUCUCUGCUCCCUCCCCUGCGGGAACAAAGCAGCGGCCUCUCUGCCCCUUAACGGCUCCGAAUGUAAUUGCUGCAGUAAUAAGAAUCUAAAGGGUGUGUGUGUAAGCAAAUGGAAAAAGCAUCGCAGGGGGCUUUUUAAUUGCCUUUAUGUUUUUUAAUAGAAGAGUUGUUGAGGACGGAAGGAAAGAUAUACAGUUUUAAAUAAAUAUAUAUACACGCAUCCUUUAGGUGUCUGUUAAGGGCAGCAGGCUAGGCUGCGUGAAACCUUUCUGGGAUCUGUGUGUGUGUGUAUUUGUGUGUGUUUGUAAGCCACCUGGGGGGGUUGCACCCGGGACCUUCUGCAUGCAAAACUGCAAGCGAGUUGCAUUAUCAAAGGGAGGAUUUGAACCCUCCUUAAAAUAUGGGGGCCAUAGCUCAGUGAGUAGAGCAUCUGCUUUGCAUGAAGGAGGUCUCAGGUUCAAUUCUCACCGUUCCCAGGUGGGGCUGGGAAUGUCUCACGCCUGGAAGCCCUGGAGAACUGCUGCCAGUCCUUGUAGAUCAGGGGUCAGCAAACAUUUUCAGCAGGGGGCCGGUCCACCGUCCCUCAGACCUUUUGGGGGGCCGGACGAUAUUAUGAAAAUAAAUAAAUAAAUAAAUAACGAAUUUCUAUGCCCCACAAAUAACCCAGAGAUGCAUUUUAAAUAAAAGGACACAUUCUACUCAUGUAAAAACACGCGGGCCGGAUUUAGAAGGCGAUUGGGCCAGAUCCGGCCCUCGGGCCUUAGUUUGCCUACCUAUUCUAUAUGGGCUCUUGGAUACCCCAUAAGGGAAAGGGAGCAGUUUUUUCUUAUAGCACCCCUUUUUAAAAAAAGUAAGUUUCCAGUCCUCGUGGUUCUGAAUAAAAAGAGCCGAUUUGCAUAGGAAGCUGCUUUAUACGGAGUCAAGACUGGAGGACUGCUGCUGUUCAAAACUGCCCCCUACCCUGCUGACAUCCAUAGAACCAGACUUGCAUUCUGGCCAUCAUUGCACAGCAAAGAAGAUAAUUGGAGGUUGGUUGGGGUCUUGGGAAUUUUGUGUCGUUCUCCAUCCUCCUCUCCUUAUUCUCAACAGGCUAAACAAUGCAAAAGAAGCAAGUGUCUAUAAGAAACGAGCCUGAUACAGUUAGCUGGCAGGAAGGCAAUAAGCCCAAUAAUUCUGCUUAAGGCCUCAUCCGUAAAAAAAGCCUGCUGGAUCAGGCCAGUGCCGUAUCUGGUCCAGCAUUCGGUUCUCACCAUGGCCAAGCAGAGGCGUAUGGGAAGCCCACAAACAGGAUCUGAGCACAACAGCACUCCCUGCCACUUGUGUUUCCCAGGAACUGGCAUUCAGAAGCAUUCUUGCCUCUGACAGCAGAGAGAGAACAGAGCUGUUGUUGGAAGCCAUUGAUAGCCUUCAUCUAAUUUAAAGCCAUCACUACUUCUUGGGAGGAGCAUAUUCCACAGUGCAACUGUGUCAUAUAACUUAUGGAGGACUAGAACCUUGCAGUGCCCAUUUUAAAGUGAAUUCUGGGGUUCCCAGGAAUCUCACAAAAUGUGUCACGUUUUCAACUGUGUUGCUGCCUUUUGUUACUGAGCCAGAAGUGGAACAUAUCCAUGCAUUGAACGUUAUCUUGAGCAUUAACGUAUCCCACUUCUAGUUUGCAUUGAAAUCCGAAACAGGCCAAAAACCCACUUGUUUGGGCUUAAAAGAUCGUUAGCUCGCCUGUGUGUCCCCCCCCCCCGGUGUAGAGAUGGAUGCCUUUAUCCACCUUUUCUUUCCCUGUGUUUUCUGCCUGACCUUUUAAAGAUUCUCUGCUGAUAUAGAUGGGGUGGAUUAAACUAAUCAUAAAAUGAUGAAGGGAAGCCUGCAACGCUCAUUGAUUUCGUCUGAAAUUAACUGUAGUACAAUAAGUCUUCCUAAUGGCAUUCUGUGUUGCGCUCCAAAGCGAGUUCCAGCUUCCUCCUAUUCUCAACCCCCCCCCUCCGUAAUUUAUCUUGCCCCUCCCCUGGCAUUCUUGAUGAAGAAAGUAUUGCAACACCAUCUGCUCCCUUUCCAAAACAGAAGGCGGCUUACAAUAAUAUGUCAGAGCCAGUCUAAAGGCUUCUCCACCCCCCCUUGAUUACCAGGAUUUAAGACAGGCCUGAGGGUGGGGCAAGUGUGGCCCUCUGGGCUUCUCUAUCUAGCCCUCUGAACUUCUUGAAACACAACCCACUGACCCAGCUUCGCAACCUCCUUGAGUGUUUUUGCCUGGCUGGAAAGUGUGCAUUCUGAUAGUGCCUCUUGCUCUUGCCUUAAUGGAGGACACAGGGCAAUGUGUGAAUGUCUGCAGCCUUUGCUGUGCAAAGGUAAAAAUUAGGUUUGUUGCCCCACCCAUGUUCGCCUCUGGUCCCACCCAACACCUUGCAUGUGGCCCUCAAAAGGUUGUGCAGAAGGGAAUGUGGCCCUUACCACUGAAAAAAAUAUAUAUUUCCCAUUGUGUGUUUUCAGUAGUCUCAAAGCUUUUGCUGAGUAAGGGAGCUUUUCAAAGAAGGAGAUACAAAUAGCAGUUCUUGAGCUUGAGGAAGAGCCAGAGGUCAGGGAUGGAGCGUCUGCUUUGAAUGUAGAAGGUCCCUGGUUCAAUCCCCAACAUCUCUUGGAAGGGCUGUGACUGUAGUCUUUGUCUGAAACCCUGGGGAAAUCCUGCCAGCCAGGGUUGGUUAUAUACUGAGCCAUUGGUAACCUGACCCUGCAUUAUUCUGGUUUAAAAACCGCUUUGAGGUUUCAUUCAAAGCUACUUUAUGCUAUAUAGAUUUGAGGAAAUAAAUAAAGAAGCCGAGCCAGGAAUGGCGCGCUACUGCUGGCAUGGGAGGGUGAAAUUCAUGGUUCCGAUUCUCAUUCCUGAGUUCAGAAGCUGGGUAAGAUCCGUUGGGAGUUUUGGCGAAUUCAUUCCAGUGGUGUGCAGAAAGAAAUGAUCUGGCAAGACUGCUGGUUGAAGGGACGAGGGAUGCUUGAUAUUUAUUGUUCGUGGCCAGCAAAGCCAUUCUAAGUAUAGGAGCCAAGAUGUUAACACUAGCGCCUGCUAACUUAUGCGGACUGAGCCUGGGGAAGAAGCAGGAAGGAAGUAAAGUCUAGGCGAGAAGGAACAGCAGGUUGGCAUUCUUUUCUGUCUCCCCCGCCCCACAAGAUGGUUGUUCAAACCCAGUCUGAGAAUUCCACAAUCUCCUAUUGCUCUUUUCAAAAAACAAAACCAAACAUGGCUUCCUCUCCCUUCAUUUGCAGCUCCUCAGGGAACUUAUUGAACGUAAAACCAGCUCCUUGGACCCCAACGACCAGGUGGCAAUGGGCAGGUAAGCGGCCUGUUUUUGUCUGGCUUGAAACAUUGCACAAAGGGCAACACACUGCUGGCUUGCGCAGGGUAGUGCAAUGAAUACUCAAGUUUUGAGUCUGAAUUGUAAUGUUUGCAAAAAGGCAAGGGGAUAGGUGGGAAGUGAUUUGUGUUUAUUACACCACGUAUGUGUGUGCCGAAGAUAUUUGGAGGAGACUGAAUUGGAGGGAAGGGGGGUGGACAGGAGGCAGGGAAUGAAAAUUCUUCCUGCUAGUUACGCACAUUUUUAUUUUUAAGCUGGAAGCUGGCAUUGCCUUCACCUGAUUUACUUGUCGGGGAGCCCGGCAUCGCAGGGUGGGGUGGGGUGGAAUCUCAAAAUCCAAUUACCACAAUCUUAAUAUAAUCUUAAUUACCGCAAUCUAUUUUAUUGUAAAGUCAGAUAAAUGUACAAUGUAAUCACCACUUAAGUGCGGGAGUUUUUUGGGCUGCCUCCUGUUUAAAUGAUAGCAGAGCCUUGUUUCCAUAAUAUUCCAGACAUACCACCAAAUAAACAAAAACAAAACACCACCAGGCAAUAUUUUAACAAGGAUGAAAACCGUUUCACCGAUGCGCCUGAGCUUUUUUUUUAACGCAUCAAACAGCUUAUGGGCAGUGAUUUGUAUGCAACCAACUCCAGCUCAGUUUUUAUUUAGUUUUUUUUUGGGGGGUGUGUGCACGCAUCCAUCCUGUAUGUAUUUGGCUGCAUGCACACGAUAACUUUUAAAGCGCUUUCAGAGCACACACACACACACACAGCCCCCCAAAUCCUGGGAACUGUAGUCCCCCCGAGCUAUAAUUCCUAGCACCCUUAAACUACAGUUCCCAGGAUUCUUUGAGAGAGGAAAUGUACUUUUAAUGUGCUUUAAGGGUAUGGUGUGUUCGCAGCCAGAGGUUCUUUCCUAACUCUCAUUAUUGUGUCAACCCCCCCCCCCCCAUUAAUGUUCUUCCAAAUUUUAACUGGCGGCUGUUUUCCAAAUGUGUAACAUUCAUUAACCAGAUUUAGAAAUGUUGCUGUGUGUGGUGAUGGGGUGUGUGUGUCGCUUUUUAACAAAGCCUUUUUCUAAGCACCGAACUGGAGAUAGAAACAGGGUUUUGCCCCUUAGCUCUACAUUUGACUCUGGGGAUGCAGAAAAUGGGCACUUAGGCAGCUUUAAGGCCAUCGUAUUUUUAGCUCUGCUGCCAUUCUGGCCUUCCUGCAGAGCCUCUGCUGCUAAUACAGGUGGUGCAAGUUCCUUCCUGGUCCCUCAGCUUGUUCAGGGGCUGCCAGUACCUUUGGGUACCUCCUAUGAUGGUCUCUGGAAAUAUCCCCUCAAAAGUCCUCCAUCCAUGAGAGGCUGUUUGCUCUUCCCGCUCGGUUCGUGUUUGCACUGGCUCAGUGUCUCUGGCAAUGACCCUCCCUCUCCCCUUACACAUGCCCAAAUUUUACUGGGUGUCAGUGUUCGAAUAAGCCUAGUGGCAGCUGAUAUGGGUGCUUUUCUCCCAUUGAUGGGGGCCCUGGGGGCUGAUUCUUUAAAUUAUUAUUUAAAUUUAUCACCAGCCCUACAUCCUAAGGUCCCAGGGUGGUUCGCAGCACUAAUACACAGUAUGGAGAACAGAUUAAAGCAAAUUACAAUCAGAAAACUUACGUGGGUCCUAGAAAUAUACACCAGGCCAAGGUGAAGAAGUGCAUCUUCAGCAUUCGCCCAAAAGCUGAUGUCCCCACUCUCUUUCAAGGAACCUUAACAAUUACUGCAAUUUCCUCCCCCCGCUUCCUUAGGCAAUGGCUGGCUAUCCAGAAACUGCGGAGCAAAAUCCGGAAGAAAGUGGACAAAAAGGCCAGCAAAGGAAGGAAAAUUCGGUGAGUACAUUAGGCUGCCUUGUCUUUUCUUGCCAGAUCGCUUUGCACCAUACAUGCCCGUUUGACUCUUGCGGUCAGCCAAACUGGCACUGGUGCAUAUUGCUUGUUCCACACUUGUAAGAAAUCAGUCUUUUAGACUUUGGAACUCCUUGCCUGUUGACAUAAGGAAGGUGCCUUCCCUGUAUUUUUUUUUUGGUGUCUGCCAAAAAAAGCAUUUUUGUUUAGGUAAGCCUGUCCAGGCAUGUAGAAGCCGGCCUGUGCUUUAAUCUGCUUUUAGCUUAUUGUUGAUUUCAAUUUUUUUGGUAUGUUUUAAAUACUUGUUUUUAACUGGUUUCUUAAAAAAUAUAAAUACUGAUAUCUUUAUUCUUUUGUAAACCGCUUUGAGGUUUUAUUACAAUCAACUGGCAUAUGCCAUAUUUUUCCGUCUAUAAGACGCCCCCUGUUUUGGGGGAUUCCAAAUUAAGAAAACACCCCUCAGCACUGCCCGUGUAUAAGACGAGCCCCAAUUCUAAACCUCCUUUUUUUGGUUUAAAAACCCCCUAGUCUUAUACAUGGAAAAAUACGGUAAAUAUUGUGAAAGAAAAACAAACAAACAAACCUCGGUCUAUGGUGCUGGGCCAGUUGUAGCUCACCCUCCCACCCCACUCUGUGGGACCUGACUGCCUUCUUAGCUUCGAGUUUUAUUUAUUUGUUUCUUACACAGCCUUACUUCUUCUUAUAUCGAUAGGCAGAGGCUAUCAAAGCAGUAUACAGUAAAAAAAAGAAAAGGGAUAAAAUUGCAUUCACCAUCAGAGGUGAUGCGGAGGGUGGCAGCACAAGAACGGGGCCUUCUCAGUGGUGGUUCCCCAUUUGGGGAAUGCUCUGCCAAGGGAAGUUUGUCUGGCGCCAUCAUUGUUUGAUCUGUCGCUGCUAGACUAAAAUUCACGCCCCUGAGACUCGGAGCGGGAAGAUGAGUGUGCAUGUUUAGGGAAGCUUUUAAUGUUUGAUGGAUUAUUGUAUUUUAAUAUUUUGUUAGAAGCUGCCCAGAGUGGCUGGGGAAGCCCAGCCAGAUGGGUGGGGUAUAAAUAUGUGUGUGUGGCUGCAAGGCAAGUGUGCAUGGUUGCAUUGCAUGUAUGUGCUCAGGUGGCCCACAAUAGUUUCUCAUGUUCCUAAAUGUUUAAGCCACGACCCCAAGCAUUACAGGCUAAUAAUACCAACACUUUUUAAAAAAUUGAGCUUGGAAAUGAAUACCUAGCCAGACCAACUAUUGGAGCAAUGCAUCCAGAUCAGUUGUGGUUGGACUUGAACUCCUUGCAUCCCUGACCGUUGGCCAUGUUGGGGGGCUGAUGGGAGCUGGAGUCCAGCAACACCUAGGGGGCUUCUUGGGUCAGCUACCACCGAUUCACCUUUUUUAUCCAGAGUUGUGCGUCAGAAUAAAUUUGAAGUACAAGAUGUUUCUCUUUUGAUGCACUGAAGCCAGAAAAUCCACUGUACUGCCUUCCCUGCUGGUAUGGUUUGGUUUUGGGAGUUGGAGGUAGGCGAGAGAUGCACAACUUCAAGCACCCCUUUCUCGUGUGUGUGUGUGUGUGUGUGUGUGUGUGACCAAAACAAUAAAUCCCGUGCUCAGAUGGGCACUUGAUAGAAGUCAGCCGAGUGGGGCUGGGUCAGGCCUGGCAUAGCAAUUUUUAAGAUAGAUGUCAUGAGAUAAUUUAUGAAAAGAGGGUUGAGCUGCUUUGUUGGGCCUAAAAGCCUGUAAUUAUUGACUAUCAAUAUUCCUUCCUGUCAGCGUCGUACGCAACUGGGAUAUAUUCAUGACUCCGCCAGAGCCCCCUGACAGACAUCGCACCCCCCUGAGCUGGGCUCAUAGAACCUUUCUAUUAUUAUUAUUAUUAUUAUUUCUUCUUCUUCUUCCUUUUAGCCAAAGGGAUUUAGAACAGUUUUUGUCUGUGGGAUUAUGUCUCUCUCUCCCCCCUCCCCCACCGCCGAGUUAUCAAAAACCUAAGAGGGGGAGGGGAAUGACCAGGACUGGAUUUAGGUUUGAUGAGGCCCUAAGCUACUGAAAGUAAUGGGGCCCUUUAUAUGUCCAGCUGUCCUUUGUCAACAACAAUUCGUCGCUGUUUUUUGUGUGUUGAAUAUAUGCUAUAUGGUAAUUUAUGGACCUAAUAGGUAUCUAAAGCUAUUGGCACACGUUGCCAUGCAACCAGUGCAUGCAGAAUAUAGGCACCCUAUAUAUAGAAAUGAGCAAAACAGUGAUAUUUUAGGGAGCAGGCUAGCAGCCGGCACCCAUUACUUACAUCAUAGACCGAGGUAAAGUUCGCAAACCAAGACACCAUUUCCGGUUUUGCAGAGUUUGUAAACCAAAUCGUUCUUAAACCGAGGUACCACUGUAUAGCGUUGAAGGGAAAGAGAGCUGGGGGGAGAAAGUGCUGGGGAGAGAAGGGGCCCUCUGACCUUCCCACCGCUGCCUUUGUAUGGCUGGGAUCUGAUGCUCUGAAUCGAAACCUCACGCGAGCGCAGAGUGUGCUCCAUCGCUUAGCUGCAGCGAUUUCCGUGAAGGCGCAACAGCUUUGUGGGAGGACAGCAGCUCAGUAGCAGAACAUCUGCUCUGCAUGCAGAAGGCCCCAUCUUCAGCCUCCAGUACAGCUGGGAAUCGUUCCUCACCUGAAACCCUGGAGAGCUGCUGCCAGCCAGUGCAGGAAGUUCUGAGCUAGGCAGACCAGUGGUCUUGACUUGAGAAGAAGGCUGCUUUCUGCUUUCAUUUCCUCUAUCUGAAUAGUUACAAUGCACCCUCCGUGUGUGUGUUUCUCUUCCCAGGUAUCACGUCCACAGCAAGCUGGUCAGCUUCAUGGCCCCCAUUGACCAUUCCACGAUGACGGAUGAUGCCAGGUUAGUAAGCGGUUAAUUACGCUUCUCGGAGGGCUUUGUGACAGCUUGAUAUUGACCUGUUCUUCAGGCUGUCACUGUCCCUGGUUCUUUGUAUCAGUUAGCCAUUUGUCACCGGCACAAUGUGGGCCUUCUGUCGUGGCCGAGCCAGAUGGGUGCAUUUCGCAGCUAGAAUUGCACACUGCGUUUCUCUGCGGUUCAGGCCGGGCUCUGCCCUUGCCAUUUGCUGCUCAGACACUUCAGCUAUAUCUUGCUUUGUCUGUGCUUUAAAAAAGAAAAUUUCCAUGCAGUCAGAUUGCACUGUUUUCAAUGUCACCAAGAGUCAUGACAUACUGUAAAGGAGAACGCAUUUGAGGCCCCAUCUGCAGUAUAAAUUUAAAGACGUACCGUACCACUUUAGGCAGUCUUGGCUUCACCCGGAGAAUUCUGGGAGCUGCAGUAUGUUAAGGUCGGUUGGGGAGACCCCUGCUCCCGUUACAGGACUACAGUUCCCAGAGUUCCCUGGUCUGGUUGUUAAACUAAGGUUACCAGGUUUUUUUCAAUGAAUCCAAGGACACUUCAUUGAAAUGAGUCGAAAUGAUAGGAUUUUGUCAGGGGACUGAUUUGUAAAUCCAGGGACUGUCCCCAGGAAACAGGGAAUCUGGUAAGCUUAUAUUAAACCACUCGGAGAAGCCAGAAUGCAACCUAUGUGUGAGCCAGUGUGGUGUAGUGGUUAAGAGCGGUGGACUCGUAAUCUGGUGAACCAGGUUCGCUUCCCCACUUCUUCACAUGCAGCUGCUGGGUGACCUUGGGCCAGUCACACUUCUCUGAAAUCUCUCAACCUCACUCACAUCACAGAGUGUUUGUUGUGGGGGGGGAGGGAAAGGAGAUUGUUAGCUGCUUUGAGAUUCCUUCGGGUAGUGAUAAAGCGGGAUAUCAAAUCCAAACUCUUCUUCUUCUACCAUAGUGUGUUAAGAUGAGCAUCCUCUGCCCUGCUCACCACUGGCGUGCGGCCCCCAGAAGGUUGCCCAUGAGGCGUUGUGGCACUCGGGUUGCCAAAAAAAAAAAAAGUUCCACCGCAAUUUUUAGCUUAGCACAGACUUUAGUUUUGCACAGACCACCCAUGGUUUCUUCCAGACAUCCCCAACCUGGUGCCCUCCAGAUGUUUUGGUCUGCGCUCAUGCUUGUUUAAUGUGUCAUGGCAUGGGAAUGUGGCCUUUAUUGCGGAUGCAAGAGGCAAACAUGGCUACUGUUUGGGAAGCUUCUUAAAAAAAAAGAAAGGAUGUUUCUAAGUUUCACAGGAGGCUGAACUGUGUGCACCAGUUUCUGCUUGUAAAUGAUGCACAGGUGGACUGCAUAGAGCCUGUUGUCCUCGGCUGUAUUUCUGGGGACCACAUUUUCUAUGAGGCCAAGUUAAUUUCGCAGCGUCCAAUUCAAAACGGCUCCCAGAAUUGCCCCCCUCCCCUUCCUUCCAUAUAUUAUUUUUUUAAUUUUUUUUUUCCUUUUGCAAUGCAAAACCUAUAUAAGCAUGAAAGAGGGAAGGUAAUGAUAACGGCGCUUUCUUUAGUGCCAGUCGAAGGUAAUUUCAUUGUUUGCAAGUGUGAAUUACGAGAUUGAAAAUGCAAAUAAUGCAUUUCACAGCGGUGUGAUCACGCACUGGGCUUCCCCCCCUCCCCCUUCCGUCAUUUUGGAGGCUUGACCCCAAAAUAAAUAAAAACACCUCAUGUUUAUAGUGUGAAAAAUCAGGCGCUGGGGGGGGUAGUGGGGGAAACAGCAGCAUGCUUACAGUCUAUAAAAUAGAUUAAUUGCCUGGUGGUGGGACUUUUGGAGGGGGGGAAGAGAAGAUGCAUUAAGGAUUAAGGAUGCAAAAGGAGUUGGGAUGCUCACAGUUUUCUCCAACUCAGCAGACAAUGGCUUGCAGGGUGAGGGAAAGCGCCUUUCUAGAUUUGAAUGCUGAGCUGGGACUUUGUGAAAAAGCAGUUUGGGGUGCAGAUGGUGGCACAAGGGCUCUGGGUAGCCAAAGCAAGAGUCAGAUAUUCACUUGGAGGAGAGGGGGUCUGGCAUUUCAAGGUCGCUACUGGUCUGGGAUUGAAGGCAUUGCGCAGAAAGCAGCUCUUUAAGGAAAACCUUCUUCGUCCACCUGCCUUGUCCUUUUGAGACUUUGGUAGCCCUGCAUAACACCUCUUGAGAACUAGAAACUUGCUCUUAAAUAAACAGGUUGUUUUAGUUCUCGCACCUGGCACCACAUUCUGGGCUGCUUUGGGAGGAAAGGCAGGAUAUAAACUUAAUGUUUAAAAGGAUCGGUUCUGCACUUCCGUGGAAUUGUGUCAUACGGACAUCCCGGAGGUAUCCAGUAAUUAAAUUAAACCUGUGCUUUUUUUUAGGAUGCCAGAUUCUGUACUAGGUAUCCACUCUCCAUGCAGAAUAACCCUUUGCAAUGGACCUUCUCUCGUAAGUUCAAAGUUGUUGCAACAUCAGUGGCUACCAGUCACAAUGGCUAUCCAUGCUUCUGGGAACCAGUUGCUGGAAACCACAGGAGCUGAGAGUAGCCUUGCGCUGAGCUCCUUCUUCCCAUAGGCAUCUAGUUGUCCUCCGUGAGAACACAGGGCUCAGGGCGCUGGGUAGAGGUGGGUGGGAUGCUCCUGGCACAUGAAGGAGGACCGGGGCAAAGAUUCUGCAGCCGCCCCCCCCUUCUAAUUGGUCCGGAACUAGAGCAAUGUUUCUAAACUUGGCAGCGCCAUUUAAUGGCAUCGUUAAAAGGGUUUCUCGUCGCUCCUUUCUUUAUUAGCGUCUCCCUCUGUUCCUUAUCAGACGGCGGGACAAACAUAACUCAUGGCGCUGAUUUUGAUCUCUAGUUAAAGAGGAUUACAGCUUUGCAUUAACUUGGAUUGACAUGGUUUAUAAUUUGCCCGCUGAUACAGAUGUUGUCAGGGACACCCACACCAUGUGUGCACGAACACGCUCAGGCACACCUGGCGCAUUGCUGUCGGGAAAAAAACACUUGAACGCAGCACUUUUUAAAAAAACAACACAACUUUUAUUUUAUCACACCUUUCCUCCAAGCAGCUCAAGGUGGCAUAUGUGGUUCUCUGUUGUUGUUAUCCUCACAACAACCAUGUGAGGUAGGUUUGCUGUAGGUGAGAGGCAAAAUCUAAUUUAUUGAAAGCAGCUUUGCCUGUUUAACAGCCUCCUUCACCCCCACUUUGAUAUUUUUGGGGGGGCCACAAAUGCCAGGAGUAAUAAGUCUACCCCAAACAAUCUCUGUGGCUUUGGGGGCGCCAAGGACACAUCUCUGCCUUGUAAUCCUAGCACAGAUUACAUCAAAUCUUAUCGACCCACUGCUCUUCCUGAAGGACUUGACUCCACUGUGCUAUAUUCUUCUGAUUCCAAUGUCCAGACUCUGGUCCACAUCAUCACUGAUCGAUAGCAUCCAGUGGCAAAACGGUGGCUGUUUUUCUGCAUUUGGGGACCUGAUGUUUAGGGGUUUCCCCUAAAGCCGGUCCUGCUCAAAGUAGACCCAUUGUUAAUAGGCAUGACUCACAUCAGUGGUUGAACAUAACCCAGCACAGAGAAGAAAAGUCACCUGAGCUUUCUGGCUUAGUAGUAGAGACUGCCGCCUUUUUUUGCAUACUUCCUAAUAUUUUAUCCCACCCUUCCUCCAGGGAACACGCCAUACAUAGUUCAUCACCCCCGUGCCCCAUCCACACAACAACCCUUUGAGGUAGGCUGUGUUGAAAGAUAGCCAUAGGCUCACUCUAACCACUGAGCUACGGUAGCCAGAUGGUUCGGCGUUCUCCGCGGAAACUCUCGCGAAGCAAAGUUAGGUGUAAGGCUGAAAUACAGUGGUACCUCUGGUUACGUACUUAAUUCGUUCUGGAGGUCUGUUCUUAACCUGAAACUGUUCUUAACCUGAAACACCACUUCAGCUAAUGGGGCCUCCUGCUGCUGCCACGCCGCUGAAGCACGAUUUCUGUUCUCAUCCUGAAGCAAAGUUCUUAACCCAAGGUACUAUUUCUGGGUUAGCAGAGUCUGUAACCUGAAGCGUCUGUAACCCGAGGUACCACUGUACUUAGGAUGUUGGAAUGCCUUAACAUAACUCCUCUUGUUGGCCACCAAAAGUGGGCAGGCUAUAUGUGUUUUAGUCAGGGGUGGCACAUUUCCCCAGACUAGGUUCCCGUCUUCUAAAAAGCGGACUCUUCCUCUGGGUCAGUCACUGCCCGUCUUGCUGCGAGCUGUAGGAGGUUCCUCUAGGAAAUCCGGGCAUUAAAGGAUUAAUAGGUUUCUGUGACAUAAGAGUUAGCAGGGGGGAAAUCUUCACAAGUUCCUAGUCUUUUUACUCUGCGUACUUUGCACGUCUGGUAUUAAAAACACUGAGUGGUUGGAUUAGUGGGGGAAUUUGGGUCUGGAGCUGUCAAUCCCGCUAUCUCUGCCAAUACAAGAAGUUAUCUUUUUGAAAGUUUACUUGGAGGGUCGUUUUAACCCCCAAAUGUGCCCACCUGACCACUUCUUUCUGCGGUUCCUGGCAUUUUCACGAGCUCCACGUAAAGUUCGUUCUGCAUUGGUGAGAAAUUGGUAUUAUUAGUGUGGCAGCACCUAUUAUUAUAAUAUACAAUGGUACCUUGGUUCUCAAACUUAAUCCGUUCCAGAAGUCCAUUCCAAAACCAAAGCAUUCCAAAACCAAGGCGCCCUUUCCCACAGAAAGUAAUGCAAAAUGGAUUAAUCCGUUCCAGACUUUUAAAAACAACCCCUAAAAGAGCAAUUUAACAUGAAUUUUACUAUCAAACGAGACCAUUGAUCCAUAAAACGAAAGCGAUAAACAAUGUACUGCAGUCACACAAUCAAUCAAUCAAUCGGUAGCUGACCUGGGUUCCACACAGUCACAAAAACAAAACAAAAAAGCCUCAAAAAUAAAAACGAAAAAUAAAUAGCACAAACAGACAGACCUCAGCGUAACACUCAAAACAGAGCACGUUCGGCCUCCGAAAAAGGUUCGCAAACAGGAACACUUACUUCCGGGUUUGCAGGGUUUGGGUUCCAAUUUGUUUGAUUACCAAGGUGUUUGAGAACCAAGGUACCACUGUUAUUAUGUUAUAUUAUAUUAUAUUAUAUUAUAUUAUAUUAUAAUAUAAUAUUAUAUUAUAUUAUAUUAUAUUAUAUUAUUAUAUUAUAUUAUAUUAUAUUAUACUAAUUGCAUUAUUAUUCUUUGGAACUCCCUGCGUAUUGAUAUUAAGCAGAUGCCUUCACUGUACUGUUAUCGCCACCUGCUUCAAAAAUUUUCAGUUUAGGUAAACCUACCUGGGCAAUAAAGGGACGCGGGUGGCACUGUGGGUUAAACCACAGAUCCCGUUGCUCAGUCCCUGCUCCUGCCAACCUAGCAGUUCAAAAGCACGUCAAAAUGCAAGUAGAUAAAUAGGUACCGCUCCGGCGGGAAGGGAAACGGCAUUUCCGUGUGCUGCUCUGGUUCGCCAGAAGCGGCUUAUUCAUGCUGGCCACAUGACCCGGAAGCUGUACACCGGCUCCCUCGGCCAAUAAAGCGAGAUGAGCACCGCAACCCCAGAGUCGUCCGCGACUGGACCUAAUGGUCAGGGGUCCCUUUACCUUUACCUGGGCAAUGUAAUUUUACAUGUACGUUACUUUUUAAAAUCUGCAGAUUUUAUCUAUAUAUUGAUAAUUCCAAUAGAUUUGGAAGUCUUUUUAUUGCUAUAUACGUACAUAUUGGGGACACACACACACACACACACACACAUAUUAGGUAGGCUUGGAAUGUACAGCUUUCUCCACUGUUCCUAAGCCCAGAGCUUGCCCCCCGCAAUAGCUCCAUUCAUAGCCAGGCCUCCCCAAAAAUCAGCUCCCCUCAAGCCUUUGCAAUUGGAAGGGCUGUAAAUGUAGGCAAUGCCCUGCAAAGCAAAAUUUCCUGGACCUCUUUGGUUAUGGAAAUGUCCUUUUAAAAAACAACGGCGAAGAAGUAAAAUAAAUAAAGCUAACCUGUUAAGAGAGGCAGGAUGAUUUGUUGCUUUCCCCCAGCAAGACAAUUUGUCAUCUCUUGCAUAGAAUCUGUUACGAAACAGUCAAGCUGUGGAAGGGAAGAAACCAUUCUAGGGCUGCGGAAUAUUAAAGUACACAAAAAGGACCUCCUCCUUGGCCAAAAUACUAUUUUUUGAAAAACUUUGUGUGUGUAUGUGCUCUUUUUUGUGAUUUAUGUGUCCAAAUUUGAGUUUGUUCUCUCUUUAUUCACCCAUCGGGGAAGCCGUAACUUCCUCAGCUCUGCAUAGUUGACUCUGUGCUGCUUGUGGGGCUGAAUGUGCUUCUUUUGCACGGUCCAUUCUAGAUUUCUAGGUCACAGGGGAGAGUAUGCAGCAGCCGGGCGCCAAAGCCAUGCCCUGUCAACAAGGGGGAUUCCUUGACCCACCCCUCAGCUUCUAAGGGCGCCAUUGUCCAAGGGAGAUUCAGUCGCACACCACCAAAUUCAGGUUGAGCAAUUCCAGUUGAUGGCGCGACUGGCCUCUUCCCCAAAAGAUGGGGCUUCUUGGGAUAAGGAAGGUGACAGGAAAAUGAAUCUGAAAAGCGUAGGAAAGAACACACUUGCUUUGACGUAGCUGUCAUCUAACCUUCCUGCACACCGAAUGUGGUGAAUGCUCAGUGGAACUCCCUGCCUGUUGAUAUCAGGCAGAUGCCUUCGCCGUACUCUUUUCGGCGCCUGCUAAAAACUUUUUUGUUUUUAGGCAAGCCUACGUAGAAACUUAGAAUGCUGAUUCGUGUUUUAGUCAGUUUUUAGUUUAUUGUUGAUUUUAAUUUUUUGAGUGUUUUAAAUUGUUGUUGUUAAUUCUUUUUAUCAAUAUAGUUUUACCUUCUUUGAAAACCACUUUGAGGUUUUUUGGUUUUUUUAAAACAAUUCAGCAGUGUUGGAUUUUAUGAAAUAACUAACUAACAGGAAGGGCCGUAAGAUUCAAUUGCCACAUCCUUUUGGGUGUAUCUUCACAGAAUUAUUAUUAUUAUUAUUAUUAUUAUUAUUAUUAUUAUUAUCUUCAUCUUCAUCUUCAUUAUUAAUAAUCUCCAUUAUUAUAUAUAAUAUAAUAAUUAUUAUAUUAACUGAGGUGUCUCCUUUCACUUAAACCUCAAGGCGAGGUUUACACCUUAAAUCUCCUGAAAAUAGGUUUAAAAACAAUUUUUAAAAUAUAUAAAGUUAGGUCUCAAAGCAAUAGGAUUAAGCACUUAAAGCAGAUUCCCCCCCCCGCCCCCAAUCGCAUUGGAAUUGCUUGUCAAAACAAAAAUGUCUUCAGUUGUUUCCAGAAAAACUAUCUGUGGACAGACACCUGUCGCAAUGCUCAGUAGGGGUGCUUGUUCCAUAGACCAGAGGUAUAGCUGCACAGUGGGCCAAAUCUUUGCUUAAAAAAAGAAGAGUGACAGCUGAUUUCUGCACUCACUACUAAAUUCCGCUGAGCGCAGAAUUGUGGAAUCUUCUCUCAGAAUCUUGUUGAUCAUUGCUGCUGCUGCUGCGCUCCUAGGUUUCUGCAGAAAUGGAGUCACGAAGGAAUCUGGUGUUUUACAAGUCUGGUUGCCUGCCUUAAGACCAGUGCCCUUACGUAGCUGAGCCUGCCCUCUUUUGAUCAUGUUUCGGGGGAGGCCAAUAAGCCUCACCCCCAUGGAGAAGGACGAAGUAUAUACAGGCCACAGAAGGAGAGACCAUAGAUCAGUGAGAGUUUCUGACUCUCAGUUAUUAUUUUAACAAUGACAACAGCGAAAAGACUUCCCUUGCCACCACCCACAACCAGCCUUGGCAGGGAAUUACAGCUCAGUGAGGAGAAUAGGGGUCUCCUAACAGCUCUCAACACCCUUAGCAAACUACAGUUCCCAAGAUUCUUCACGGGGAGCCUGUUUAAAGUGAUAUAAUGCUGCUUUAAAUGUAUAGGGUAGUUGUAGCCACAGUGAACCCACCCAAAAGGGACGCUGGGGGCCGGAUUAAGAGCAUUCCACCCACCCCCACAACUCAGGGGAGUGGGGUGAAAGAAGCCAUUGCUGUCCAUGGCCGUCAUUUGCACAGCUGGGUAUGAAGAAUCCCUUCCCCCCCUACAUUUCCCACCAUUGCUGCCUGUCUGAAAACCUUGUAAAUCUCGAUCUUACCUCGGGAGGAGACCUGUUGGAGGUCACCCUUCGGGAUUCCAUGGCAUUUAUUCCAUUUUAACGUCUUUCCCCUGUUAAGUUCCGCAUAGAAGCCGCUUCCUUGAACUGUAGUGGAAUAUCAUGCAAGUUUUCUGCUUGUUUCCGUGUUACUUUCCUUCCAGGGAAAAUCCCGUUUGCAAACAAUAUGGAAAUGAGUUCUAAGCUUGCACUCAUUGUGUGAAAGAUAGUGUGGAAAUUGACCGUUUGGGAAAUUAAGUAGAAUAAACCACCAUGAUGUUAAAUAGAACAAACCACCAUGUAAAUGCAGCCUAAGAGCAGGGUGGGGUGGAGGUCUAAAAAGUGGGUGUUGUUGGAGAGCCCCUGAUCCUGACCCAGGGAGAAAGAGAAACUGCUGCAGGCUAGCUACUGGUUAAUUUAUGGCCUGGUAUAAUUGUUAUCGCCCACAUUCGCUGGUGUGGUUUCUAUAUUGUGUGUGUGUGUGCCCUUUUCCUGAAGUUUUGUCGGUUAAACGAGGGUGAGAUUGCCCCCUAGUGCUCACUCUCUCCUUUUUUUAUAAUGCCAUCGGAGAUACUGAGAAUGUGGGCGGCUUAAAAUAAACGCAGCUGCAUUUGGCCUUGUUUUGAUAGUUAUUUUUAAACCAUGGAAUGGUUCACUUCUGCAGCACUUUGCCCUGUUCCCUUUGGGGACCAAACCAUUGCCGGCCCUUGGUUUUGUUCUCAUUGGCAUGUGGGCACACAAAAAGCUCCAAGCUCACCCUGCGUUUGGAGUUGCAUGACCUCAAAAUCCCAUAUCAGGAGCGGGGAAGAGAGUACCCUGAAUUCUGUGACCCACAUAAGUCAUGCAGAUUUACUUUACACCAGCUGCUGGGAAUCUCAAGUGGGGAGAGUUGUUGCUGUUUGCGCUUUGCAUGCAGAAUCCUUUGCGAGCAGAAGGUCCCAGGUUCAAUCCUUAGCAUCUCCAGGUAGGACAGGGAAUAUCCCCUUGUCUGAAAAUCCUGGAGAGCCAUUGCACCAACAAUCUGACUCCAUAUACAGCUAACUCCUGUGUAUCUAUGCUGCGGACUAACCAUCCGUUUAGAACAACACCCUUGCAUGCAGAAGGACUCUGGUGGCGCUGUGGUCUAAACCACAGAGCCUCUUGGGCUUGCUGAUCGGAAGGUCGGCGGUUCGAAUCUGCACAACGCUCCUUCCAACUUAGCAGUUCGAAAGCACGCCAGUGCAAGUAGAUAAAUAGGUACUGUUCCGGCGGGAAGGGAAACAGCAUUUCCAUGUGCUCUGGUUUCCGUCACGGUGUUCCGUUGCACCGGAAGCGGUUUAGUCCUGCUGGCCACAUGACCCGGAAAUCUGUCUGUGGACAAACGCUGCCUCCCUUGGCCUGAAAGCGAGAUGAGCGCAGCACCCCAUAAUCGCCUUUGACUGGGCUUAAUCAUCCAGGGGUCCUUUACCUUUACGCAGGAGGUCCCAGGAACAAACCUCGUCAUGUCUAGGUCAGGCUGCAAAAGUCCCUCAGUCUGAAAUCUUGGAGGGCUGCUGCUGGUCAGUGUUGACAGUGCUGUGCUGACUGCAUGAGGCAACUUCCUGUGCUGCUACGACUGGGGGCACCUGUUUCCCUUCUACACCAAGAAAAUCACCCCCCCCCCAUUUAAGCGGGAUGGGCAUGCGCUGACCCACCUGCACCAAUUCUUUUUCCUAAAUCAGGGUGGCGUUUCUUUCUUAUGCAAAUAUCCUAAUUACAGCGCAUAAUAUUUACAGUCUCCUCGACCUCAUUCUCAGAUUUGAUCUCUUUUUUCUACCUCCUAUCAGUUUCCCUUUGACUUUUAUAGGGGACAGGUUUCUGUCUGUGGGAGAGGUGCAGAAUUCCAGCUGCACCCUAACUGCAUCUAGCUGGCACCCUGCAUCCCCCCCCCACAAAAAUCCUGCUCCCUUUCUAACGAAAUACACAAAUAAUAAAGCGAAGGUACUUGCGUGUUUUAUGGCAAAUGGCCCAUGAUCACUCCCCCCCCCUCCACACUCCAUCCCUGCUCCAAAGCAAGGUUUUAUGAUAAUAUAGUAAAAAUAUUAAAUUAGAAAAUGCCUCACUAAGGGUGAUAAAACCUUACCGCGGUAGAAAUAGGUAAUUAUCCCCAGCUCAGCCUAAAAUGACAGUUUAACAGAAAUAAAAAUGUUACUGCUCAUUACUUGAUUUUUGUAGGUUGCAAUAAAGGGUAAGUUAAACUUUAAUUCAGGGGAGACCCCUGUUUCGACCCCACACCCUCCUGCACGCUCUUACCUUGGGAGCGAGCGCUAUUAAUUACUCGCUAGAUGGACCACUCCUCGGCGCUCGGCUAAUUUGAACGCCCUCCGUGUUUUCCGCAGAGCCUUUCGGGCAAACUGUCCAGCCGGCCCAGAUUGAUGCUCUUCCUCUCUCUGGCUUCUGGUCUGACUAUUAAUAGAAAUGGCCUCUCGAGUCGUACGGAGACAAGGAACGUUAGACAAGCAGCAUUUCGCCAUGUGCUUGACCUUAAGGAGUCGGGGCUGUGCGGAAAGCUGCUCUCCUACAGUUAAAUCGAAAGCUAGUGGAGCAGGAAGAUGCCAUCUAGCUCAGGAGUGCAGACACUGACUGGCAGUGGCUGUCCCAUUCCCAGCCCUACCUGGAGACGCUGGAAGUUGAGCAUGGGGUCUUCUACACACAAAGCAGGUGCUCUACCCCUGAGCUUCAGCUCUUCUGCUAAAAAUAAAACGAUAAAUAAAAAUUCCAGUCCUCAUCGUCUGAGCUAAUAGGAACAUAGGAAACUGGCUUAGACCGAUGGAGACCAUUGACCUGUCCAACUUAGUAUUGAUAAGCCCACGCAGUAGCCCAGGCUUCCUCAGCCUCGGCCCUCCAGAUGUUUUUGGCCUACAACUUCCAUGAUCCCUAGCUAGCAGGACCAGUCGUCAGGGAUAAUGGGAAUUGUAGUCUCAAAACAUCUGGAGGGCCGAGGUUGAGGACUCUAGAUCAGUGCUUUCCAAACUUGGGUCUCCAGCUGUUUUGGGGCCACAACUCCCACCAUCCCUAACUAUCAGGACCAGUGGUCAGGGAUGAUGGGAACUGGAGUGCAAAAACAGCUGGAGAGCUAGCACUGAUCUAGAUACACAACUCCAUAAGCAUUUUAGGUACACAGCGUUUGAGAUUUGGUGUCUUGUUCCUGUGGCUGUGACUCUCCAGAAAUCCUGGAAUCUUUUUUGGUUGUCUCAUUUGCUGAGCAGCAGAGAUUUGAAAACUUCUCAGCCGAGUCUGUUUGGGAAGUGUUAUUUACUUCGUAGCAUCUGAUCGUGAUGUUUGUUGACAUCAAGUGUUCUCACCCUUGUCUAACCAGCCAUGAGGAUUAGCAACUUGACCGUGUGUAAAGAUACAGGAUUUCUGAGCUUGAUGGUGGUCGUGUUAAAAUACACUAAUUCUGAAUAUACAUAUAUAUACCAUACACACACAUAUCUAUACACAUAAUAUACUAAUAUAGAUACUUUUGGCUGUUCCUUAGCCAAACCUUUCUGUUGUCGCAGGUUUCAGAUAUAUGAACUUAUAUUUAUAUUUAUUUAUAAGUAUAUUUAUAUAUUUAUAAGUAUAUUUAUUUAUGGAUCAUAAAAAUGAAUCAUAGCCUAAUUUUGUCUGUGUGUGUGUUUGACAAAAGCCGUCCUGUUCCCGUUAUCAACACCACUGUUGAUAGUGGGCCCUAUUAAUUUGAGUCUUUUGUUGCUGGGCUGUUUUCAUUCCCCCUUCCUUCCCCCUCCGGUUCUGUGUCAACCUCAAGGAAAAAAGAACAACAUAUAUGAAAACUAAAUUAUAGUCCCACGCAGCCUGCCUGAUUGAAUCCUCCUUACACCACCGCGGUCUCAUACAUCCUAUUAAAAUAUUCAAUCUUGUUCUCUUCCUUGAAAAGCCUUGUAUGGAAAGGGCAAACUUAUAGGGGGAAGAAAAACCUCAUUCCCCAGAGAGAUGGAAUCUAGCCCUGGCGCAGUAUUUACAUAUUUCUGUGCCGCACGAGAGUGGCACUACACAAGGUCUCCCCAGCCCUCGUGUUUAUUAAUAAAGAUUGCCGAAUGCAUUUUUAAUUAUCUCGCAGCCUUUUCAUUUGAAGCCGUGGAUGAUGGUCGCCGCUUGCUUCUUCUAAAUUGACCUUGAAAAGUUGCUUUCGCCUUCCCCCUCUUUCUUGCCCCUCCUUUCCCUUAACCCUCGCGUCACCUCAGAACUAGACCGCUGCAGCACUCUCCUCCUGGGGCGGCCCUUGAAAGCUGUUCAGCUGGUGCAGAACAUGGAGACCCUCCUCCAAACAGGGGUGGCCUUGCACCGGGGGCUCGGCAUCUGCACGUGCUCUGUGUCCUUCCCCAGGAACAGACUCAUUCCUUUCCUGUGUCCCUCUUACCUGCAGGAUCAGGUCAUCUUCAGAAGACCUGUUUUGUGUUGGAUGUCCAUGUUCCCGCCAGUGUUGUCCUCCCAGCAGUGUCACCAAAGUUACAGAACUUGGUUUCCUGGGUGGCUAAUAUUGCAACUUGCUAGUUUUUAGAGAAUGGGUCUGGCCCAUUAGGGUGAAUGGGGCUCUGACACCACCAGCCUCGAGGGUGGCCAGCUGUCAUCUCCAUGUCUCCUUACUUGCAGUGAGUCUAGGGGGUGGCCCUGGCUUCCAUCUUCCUCUUCCUCCUUAGCCCCAGUGUUUCCCUUGCAGAGCUCAAUAUGGAGGAGGCGGAGGAGGAUGAAGACAAAACUAGAAUUCUUUGCCUCCAGCUCUGCUUGUCAUUGACUCUGCAGGUCCAGCGACGGUUGGGCUCCCAGUCCCACUGAGCACCAGCCACUAUUGUGUAGGUCACUGGUUCUUAGACUUUUCCCCCCUGGGCCACCCUUUCAGAAUAAAAAUUUGCUCGUGCCACACCUAAUGUUUAAUUGAUAAGAAAUAACAUUGGAAAACGAAGAGAAACAUAGCCAUCUCUCAUGGAUGCUUUAGCUGAGAUUCCUGCAUUGCUGGGCGAGGGGUGGACCUGGAGCAGAUGACCCUCUGGGUCCCUUCCAAAUUUACAAUUCCUUGAUUUAUAACAUAGUAAACAACUACAGUCGUACCUUGGAUCCCAAAUGCCUUGGCUUCUGAACAAAUUGGCUCCUGAACGAUUGAAACCUGGAAGUGACUAUUCCGGUUUUCGAACGAUUUUUGGAAGCCGGAUGUCCGACGGGGCUUCUGCGGCUUCUGUUUGGCUGCAGGAGCUUCAUGCAGCCAAUCAGAAGCCGCACUUUGGUUUCUGAAUGUUUUCGACUUUCAAGGUACCACUGUACUUUAUAUGACCAUGGGAUACCCAAGAAGGAUAAAACAAUUCAGCUCCAUACUAUACUAUACUAUACUAUACUAUACUAUACUAUACUAUACUAUACACAACAUGGAAAUGUUCAAAUGUUUCUUUGUCCUUGGAUCUUCCUGCCACGUUUGCCAUCCUCUCCUCCCGCAACAGUGUGGCGCACCCCAUCCUUUGAGAACCACUGGUGUAGGCGGAUGGAGCCAUGUUUCAGAGAGCGCCUGGGUCCACUGAGUUGUAUGUUUGUGCUUAUAACUGCUGGCUGCUUCCAGCGGACAAUUUUGAAUCUUCCAUUAGCCUAUUUUGUUGCUUGGUGGCUCUGACAUAAGCGAAAGUGUUGUUGCUUGAAAAGUAGGGUUUUCUUGGUCGCUUGUGAUUUUCAAAGGUGCCCCCAGUCUUGAAAAGGCUGUGGACUCGUGUUCAAAGCUGACAAAUGAAAUUGAAUAAAACGCUUGCGCUUUUCUGUUCUCUUUCUCUCUCUCCCCCUCCUCUCCCACCCAGAACGGAACUUUAUCGGUCCCUCUUUGGCAAACGGCCACAUCUCGAAGGAGGCGACCACGCUUAGUGGUGGGUGUUGUGCUACCACAAGCUCUGAACCUUGGAGAGGGGAACGUCUACCACAUUCGGACACUAUCCAUCGCUCUGCGACUUCUCCUGCUCCCUUCCCUUCCUCCCCUGUCGAUGGAGAUGUCUUUUCUUGAGCAUAAAAAGGAGCACCCACCAAACUUGAUCCAGUUGAGAAGCCCCAGGAGGUAUCUCCACUUCCUUGGAGUCGGAAUGUUCCUGGAAGCUAACCUCAAGGCUCACCCAACGCACGACCUCAGCGAAGAUGGGCUCACACGUUGAAGUGCGUCUUGGAAGUGUUGGGCAACUGCUCUGCCAAACUGUGCUUUUCCCCCAAGUACAUCGAGGGCAUGAAACCAGCCACUUUACGGGCCUAUGAGCAACCUGGAAGAGUGAGAAGAACUUCAAAGUUUCACGGUAGCCAUCUCUGGUCAAUGAAAGCAAACCAUCGUACCCUGGUUCUCUGUACGAAGGACACUUCAUAAUGGACCUUUGUAGCAUCUUGUGACGGUGGUCAGAGACCCUGUGGAAUGAAAUCAGAAUUAAAGAACAGUGUGUGUUUGUCUGUGUGUCACAACCGUGUUUGUGUUCCUGGGCAAAAGAUUAACAGAGGGUACAGCACAACCGUUUUUGUUAGUGACACGCCCUUGAGUGAAACUUGAUGGCUGUAACUAUCCAAUCAUCUCCGUUCUGAGGAGACGUGAUUUUAAAGUGGGAAUGAAGGAAAUAGAACACCAGAAUAGUUGCCUAUAGUCAUGCCCUAAACGACCCUCUCUCUCUUCCCACAACUACCUUGCUGCUUUGCCUUGCCAGAGCAGCUGGGGCUGAUGGGAAUCGUAGUCCAAAACUUCUGGAGGGCAACCAGGUUGGGAAUUAGGCUGUUCUAAACUCUCGGUAGGUCUGUUCUUAAAUACUGCAUGUGUAGCUCAUCAUCUGAGUGGUGGCUUCCAAGGAGACCAAAAGUGGAAAGCAACUAAUAGAAUGCUUUGGGUGAUUUGUUCUUCCCUAAAGUAAAGGACGCGGAUGGCGCUGUGGGUUAAACCACAGAGCCUAGGGCUUACCAAUCAGAAGGUCGGCGGUUCGAAUCCCCGUGACGGGGUGAGCUCCUGUUGCUCGGUCCCAGCUCCUGCCAACCUAGCAGUUCAAAAGCACAUAAAAGUGCAAGUAGAUAAAUAGGUACCGCUCUGGCGGGAAGGUAAACGGUAUUUCCGUGCGCUGCUCUGGUUCACCAGAAGCGGCUUAGUCAUGCUGGCCACAUGACCCGUAAGCUGUAUGCCGGCUUCCUCGGCCAGUAAAGCGAGAUGAGUGCCGCAACCCCAGAGUCGUCUGCGACUGGACCUAAUGGCCAGGGGUCCCUUUACCUUUAAAGCACUCCCCUAAAGUAUUUUUUGCUGAUGGGGGAUUUGUGGAUUGCCUCUUCUGCCCCUCCCCCAGUUGAGAGAUGCUCUUUGUUAGAUUUACACCAGAACUAACCUCUACAGAGAGAAGAUGAUUCACUUGUUUUUAUUCAGAAGGUCAAAAAAGCUGGAAAUUAAAUCCCUAUAAAGUGGAUUUAUUAGCCUGCUGUGAUCAAUCUCCAAUGGAGAUUAUCUUGCAUAAGUAUCAUGUGCAUAUGUAUGUUACCUGUAUUGAUUGCCUGAGGUGUCUCCUCUGCAACCGCCCCCCCCCCCUUUAAAACUGAAUAAAACAGCUUUACAGAGCUGGCCACCUCAUUUAUUUAUUCAAAA